GUAGGUAGGUAGGUAGGUAGGUAGGUAGGUAGGUAGGUAGGUAGGUAGGUAGGUAGGUAGGAUAGGUAGGAUAGGUAGGCACCUAUAACACUAACCACUACCACGACCGCGGUAUUAUACGCGAGAAGGAAACGGUGUGACCGAAGAGUGAAACCUCGCCGUUCGCCGUAAUAUUGUUAUUCGUGUACGGGUACAAUAAAAUACGACGACGCGUUUCAUUCUAAUACAUUUAUUAUAUUCGUGUAUAGUAAUAAUCAUAAUAAUAAUAAUAAUACGAGUAUUAUUACGCUCAUGCUUACGCGCGCGCCUAUAUUAUUAUUCUUCCGGAACCGACCGACCGACCGACCACCAACCCGCGGCGGCGUCGACGUCUUGUAAAGUCUCUGCACAAUCGUUUCACUACCGUCGCGUCGGUGACUCGUAAGUGUGUGAGUUUGUACGUGUGUGUGUGUGUGUUUGUAUGUGUGAACGCCAGUAGUGCAUACGUGCGCGUUCGCUUCUGCAGUGUCGAAACACUACAAAUAUAAUAACAAUAAUAAUAUUGUUACUAUUAUUACACUGCACUAGAAUUUGAAAGACGUAUUUUUUUUUUUUUUUUUGUCAAUCGGUUAUUCGUUCUUUUUUUUGGAAUUUUUUCGGAAUAAAAAUCGCGGUCUGUGCCGUGUUUUAUUAAUACGUAACUCGCCGAAGUGUAGUAGUCGCAGUAUUCGACCCGGUUCGCAACACUGACAACUAUCAUGGACGACAAGGAUAAGAUACGGAGGAUGUUCAGCUGGAGCGCGAGCAUCUCGUGAGUACUUGCUUGAACAUACGUCGAUUUUCGGUUAGGUUCUAACGGCCGCGUAUUGGUUUCCCGCGGUCAGGUUCGGUUAGGUUAGGUUAGUCCCGAAACGGACACCUGGCCUGGUCCGUCUGUUGUUAUCAUUUAUGCUUUUAUGCGUCUUGCAGCCGGUGCUGCGAAAGUUCAAGUCUAUUAUACAUAGAUGUGCGUUCAAAUGUUGCUGAUAGAUUUGUCCGAGUCCCCGGGUGAAAGGUUUAAAAUAUAAUUGGAUAAAGACGAUAUUUUUAUAUUUUCCGAAUAGACGCCUAAUAGCGCGUUUCGUUUUAAAGGCCUGGGAAACUACCGGGACACAAAUAAAUACUAAUAACAACAAUAAACUGAAAAAAUAUACCGUAGGCAUUGUUUUCGCGUAUAGCUAACGGUAUACAGGCGUUUAACAACAUUAUUAGUUUUUUAAUGUUUGUAACUAUUACCGUGUUUAAUUUUCGUACACACUUACGUACAAUCAAACGUUCAUUUUUUUCUGCGUGUUUUUUCGUGUGAAAUUUUUUUAGUCCACGCGUAAUGCCACUGCGUACGCGGUUUUACGUGCGCGAGCGCGAGAUUAUGCAACAGAAGAAGAAAUCGGCGGUCGCCGGGCGAGACGCCAGUGGCGGCGGUGGCGGUGGCGGCGGCGGCGGCGGCGACGGGUACCUACUUAUAGGUACCGGUUUGUUACGCCACGGACGACGAGCGCUCCCACCAUCUCGCUUAAACAUAAUAUUAUACCGAACAUAACCGCUUAUACCACGAUACGAGUCGUAGUCGCGGCGGCCCUUGGGAAAGCUGGUUUCGGGGUGUCGGCCGUGAGACCUGAUUAUUUUAUAAAUGCCACCACUGAUUGUUUUUUUUUUUUUUUAUAUUGCUUUCCAUCGUGUACACACGCGCCGACGUCAUCAUCGCUUAUUGACUUACUAAUAACAAUGCGUCGCGUGUAUUAUUUCGUUAUACAUGUACCCGCGUAAAAGCGUACGAGGAACUACCCAAUUGUAUUUGUUAUACAAAUAUAAAUGUACCGUUUUUCCCAUUUUGACCAAUCUCGAGUGAUUAUCCUCUUAGUGAUAAAAGAAAGUGAAAAUCUAAGACAGUAGUAAAAACAUUUUUUUGGGGAUGUUCUUCCUUUGACUUCCCCCGAAAUAGUUUUCCAAUAAUAAAAUAUCGAGGGUUAUUUUAGACGAAGUUUCUAAGUGAGCUCAUGAAUGGACUUGGUCGAAAGUCUUAGACAAAACAAUACAUUUUAAUAUUUUACUUAUUUAGAAUUUAUGUUUUAUGAUUUUAUUUUUUCUCGGGAGUAGGGAAGAAUAACUGAUCUCAACCCUAUGUGAGCGGGUUAAUUUGUCUGUCAGAAUUACCAGAUAAAAUAAAAUUUUGUUUUAUCAUACCCCUUCUUCCGUUUCGUAGAUACAACUAACUAUACAUUACGUCACACAGAUUUGCCUACUUUAAUAAUUUUACGGCUCGGAGCAUGUUUUUUCCAUAUUAUUAUAUAUUUUUUUAUAAACUCUGUAUACUCGUAAUUAUAAUAAUAAUAGUUUACCACGUAAAUAAUUAUUUUAAUAAACAAUUAAAUUUAAUAAUUAAAUUAAAAUAAUUAUUAUUUGUUUGAAUCAAUACUUUUAUAAAAUUGUGAAGCAUCCAGUUAAUAAUUGUAGAGUUGCUUAUAAGUGAUUUCAACAAGAUUUUUUAAUUAAACUAUCAUUUUUUAAUAACUCAAAAAUAUUCAAACUGAUUUUCAAACAUUAUGUGUUUACAAAAAAGUUCAUAUAAAGCAUACUAAAGUAGAUAUCGUUCAAAAAAACACUUAUUUUAAUAAAAUGGAUAGAAAAAGAGAUAUAUUUGUUUACGAGGUAACCUUACUUAUCGUAUACGUAUCUCUCAGCAUACAGAUCGAUAUAAGGAAUGGAGAAAUUCCUUUUUUUUUUCUUUUCAAAUAUUGAUAUUGCAUAAGUGGAUUUUAUUCGAAAUAUUGUUCUUUAUAUUUUUUACAAUCAGUAUUUUAUCUCUCAAAUUGAUUAAAGAUUUGGCUUUAUCUGUUUUGCGUAAACUCAUCACUGUAAAAUAACAAUCUUUACCUAUAAAAAUUCUAUCUAUAAACUAUGUAUAUAACUUUAUCCAAAUUUCUAUCAUCCUCACGACUUUCUCUAUUUUUUAUUCCGUUAAAAAUGUUUUAGUUGACUAUAGCCUAAGAUAUGAGGAAUAUGACAAGCUAACCAAAAAUAAAUAAAAUAAUGAAUAGUAAUAUUAGUAGUUGUUGUUUUAUCCAUAUUUUUGAGAACAUCUAAUCGAUUAAAUAUCAUUUUUGGGAAUAUUUUGAGAUUUUUGAAGGCUUAAAUGCAUGAAGAGCCAAUAGGUUUUUUUUUUCUACUGUUUACUUAACUUAAAUUUAAUACAAAUAUUGAAUCAUAUAAUAAUACAGGAGAACAAAACGUUAUAAAUUAAACUUUUCAUUGGACAAAAUACCUAUCAUCACCGGAAGCUGAUUGACUAAUAAUCGGUGUCAAGGUCCGUUCGCAUCAUACAAUAAUAUAAUAUGAUAUUAUUUUCUAUAACAAUAGUCGAAUUCUAUAUAUCUAACCUAAUGCUCAAAUGGGAUUUUCUUUUAUAAUAACUAGAAGAAUCUUACAUUUUUUUUUCUCCAAAAUAUUUUAAUUUUACUAACUAUAAUCUAUUUAAGAUCUAUUUUAAUUUUAUUAUAUAGAUACAAUAUGUUUAAUUUAUCUAACCUUUAAAAAUUAUAAAUAUUGAAUGAACAAUAGUCAACAAUUAUUAUAAUAACCUAAGAUUCAUAUCAGGUAUUGACCUGCAGCAAUGGGUAAUAAUUAAUCAUUUUUAAAAUUAUUUUGCAAACAAUUAAAUUUAUCAUAUACAUAUAUACACAUUAGUUCCAUAUCUUAAAGAUUGUAAUUAUAAUUCAUUUUGAUUUAAUAGUAUUUGAAUAUUAUGUAUUGCUUAAAAAAAAUAACUAAUUAUAUUAUGUACUAUCAGUAGUUUUGAUAUGACAAAAAUAAAGUCUGCGCGUUUUGGUAAUAAUUACUACGACCGAUUCUACUGUAAUUUCUGAAGGUCAGAUCUCAUAAAAAGUGUUAUAUUAUAAGGUCUUUAAUAUUAGCGAUUAUCUGUCUAUUCUCGUGAUGGGAAUUGUUUUGCUUAUACAAGUAAAAUAUGUAAAAAUAUAUUAUUUUCUGACGACAAUACUUACCUACACGACCGAACCAACCUAUACAAAUACAACUAAAAAUACAGAGACGAUAUUCAAUAUAUAAUUUUAAUUAAAUUCUGCAUAAGAAUCUUAUCAAAACCCAGUUAAAGCUACCAUAAGCUACUACUCAUGAAACGAAUUACUCGUAAGAAAAAAAAAGUGGUACAAUAUUAAUUUCGAUAAAAUCAGAUGGUUUGUAAUAUUAUAUUCAUUAAGUCGGAUGGGUACGUCAUUAGAUAACAGAAGCUAGCAGUAUAAACACGACAAAAAAAAAAGUGAACGUAUAAGUGAAAGGUUAAAAAUGAUAACGAAACCAAUAUGCACAAAUGUAAACAAUAGAGUAAAUCUUCGUUAAACACAUUUCGUUUAACAUAGUUAAGCAGAUUACACUCGUCUAUACAUAUUAUUAAAACAUAAUAUCAUUAGGAUUUUAUGUGUUUCGCGGUAAAAUAUUCAAAUAGAAAGAAAUUUAAAAGAAAAAAAGUCCCUGGAUCUAUUCAUAUCGAUUACUUUGAAGAAAAUAAUAGACAUGCGUGAGAACUACAAUAUUGCAAAAUCGUGUUUCGCGAAUUUCACGCAACUCUUACUUAUGAAUCACCGGUAAAUUUUUUUUGUUUUUUUUUUUUUUUGUAUUUACGUGAACCUACGAGUGUUAUUAUAACAUUGUUAUUUUAACGUGGACAGCUAUUCCUUCUGGUCCUUUUUUUUUUUUUAAUCUAAAUUCUACAUUGUCAGCUAUAUUAUUAUCGUCUUCGUCUUGUAGAUCACAACCUUCUCCAGCGUCUCUUCCUCUUUUCAUCUUAGUUCUUCCUUCCGAUGCUUCCACCAUCAGAAUAGAGAAAAAAACCCGUUGAUUUGUAAUUUUAUACAUUUUAUCCUCCUUCUCUAUAAGUCGUCUUACAGAUACAUACUUCUUUUCUUUUCUAAACCUUAUUUACUUCCUUAUGACUGCAGGUCAUCUCUCUGUCCUCUCCCAAUAUCCAGCUUAUUUUUAAUUCCCGUUCAGGAAAUUACAAACCAUAAUACUGGAAAGUAUAAGCAAUAUAACUUGUUUUUUAAAAAUACAUUUCACGCUACGCUCUAAAUCUAAAAUUGCGGACAACUUUGUUUCUGUUUUUAUUCUAGUUGAAAAAAGUGGUUUUGUGCGUCUUCCGAUGUAUCUAUUGACUAUUGUUUAUUAAUUGAAUUUCGUGUUGGUAAUAUUUUCUUUUUUGACUUAUAAGUAAUUGAACUUUAUCGAAAAUGUGUUUAUCAAUGCAUAUUAUGAUCAAAAUAUCUAAUGAUAAACAAAGAAACAAAAACCGGUAAUAUCCCAAAAAACGGCCUUAAUCAUUUGAAAUAUUAUGUUUUCAGUAUUUUAUACGUAAAUAUAUGCAAAAAUGCAUACUUUCUUAUGCACACGUGUGUGGACAUGAUAUAUUAUAUAGAUACUCAUAUUUAAUAAAGUAUGUUUAAUGUACAUAAGUUAUACUAUUAAUACUCACUUAAGAAGAAAAAAAUUAUAAAAAUCGUCAGUUGUUGUAAUCGCGCGGUAUAUAAUAUUAUAAUGUUAUGGUUGGAGGAGAUUGUUACGAGCUGACCUUCGAAGAUUGUCGUCCAAAACUGACGUCACCGUUUGUAAAUGUAACCGAAUACAGUAGCUGGCUAGCUGUUGGUUGCUAUGUUUUAAUCAGACCGGAAAAACAUUGUUUAUAAUCUAAAAAAUGUUACCGAAACUGGUUAAAAAAGUGUUUUGAUAAGUAAUAUAAAUGUUCUGCAGCAUUAGUACUGUUAAGACUAUAAUAAUGUAGUUAAAGGUUCCUAUGUAUGCAAAUUUUAGUUUGAGUUAAUUUUGUGAUCUUAAAAGUCCGUAGACAUUUAUAACCAUGGCGCAUGGUUUAACAAUAUUAUUGCGGGAGAAUAUUUACUGUACAUCCAAUAAUCAAUUUACGUGUUGUUAUCUAUAUCCGAAAUUCACCUAACAUAUUUUUUUUAAUAAAAUUUUUUGGUUAGGCAGUUAUGUAGGUACUGACGUAUUAAUUUUACGUUAAAAUUUCGCCACAGUGACAUUUGUCGUAGAUUCUGUAUUUUUAUUAAUGUGGACAAUAAAGCAAUACAAAUGCAUUCGUGAAAAACAAAUUAAAAAGCUUUUAAAAUCUGUUUUAGAAAUAAAACGCACAUAAUACAAUUUGUAUACAACAUUUCGAAGACAACUUAGAGGGCAUUUUUUUAAAUAUUAAUUAUUAAACAAAGUUAUCGCAGUAAUAAAAACAAUUCUAUUUUUUUUUAAAACUUCGAUCUUGAAAUGAAUAUUUAGAAAUUUGUAAAACGUCGAAUAGGAAAUGUCUUUGAAAUGCUGUCUUUUACAUUGCAUAUCAACAUAAUAGUUGUUUUAUCCCUAAAACCGAUGUUAAAAGCCUUUUCGUUUGAUUUUUGUGAACACAUCAUUAUUUUCGCUAUUUUGUCCGUUAGAAAGAUAAGAGGUGACAAAAGACCACCGCGACGACCUCUUAAGGAAUCUAAACUACCUAUUUACCUAUACCUAAGUAUACAUUAUAAUUUAUACAUUUUUGUGCUCAUGCAUCAACGACACAAGUCACGGUAAUAAUAUUUUCCGAGAAAUCGCUAUUCACAAAAAAUGUGUGCGCGUAACUAAAAUAAAUACAAAACAGAACAAUGAUAUUAUAAAUAGGUAUACCUAAUGUAGGUCAGUAGACGAAAAUUCUUUUUUACAAUUUCUUUUACCCGUUUCAUCUUUUACUUUUACAUAUAUAUAGCUAUUAUUAUUUACAUAUAAUAACCAUGUAGGUAGGUAUUUAAAGACGAUUAAAAAAAAAAAAAAAAAAAAAAAAAAAAAAAAAAAAAAAAAUAAGUAAAUAAAUAAAUAAAAAUUACUUAAGUAUAUUUUAUAUAAUAUAGUGUCCUUGCAUAUUUCGAUUUAAUUACAAAAUACUUUUGGUAAACAUAUCUGGGUGUACAUACGCGCUGCAAUAAUAAUAACUAAUCAUAUAUCAUUGCAGCAGCAGUGUAUCACUACUUAACCAUUUUGCUGAUUGCCCUAAAUUCUUAAACGAGUUUUUAUUGGUUUUAAAUAUAUAUACCUGCAUUACAACUUUCGACAUUUUAUUGUAGUGUUUUUUUUUUUUUAUUAUUAUUUUCUUUUUAAAUUAAUACAGUGUACAAUUUUUUUUUUUUCUGGAUCGUAUGAAUAGUAAAAUAUGAUACAUUGAUUGUAAUACAAUAUAAUAUUCAUAUAAAUCAUACAUCAACAUAUACAUAAUCAAGUUUUUAAAAUUUUAUUUUGUCAUUUUGGUCAUAACGACAAUCGGUUAUUAUUAAUUAUUUUAAUGUCAUUAUGAACGGUUUCUACUGUACAUCGUUAGUUAUAAUUUUUUUAUUCGAUUUGUCAUAAUUAGAUCUUACAAGUAUAGGGAAUAAGCUAUUAUAUUUUUAAUUAAGAUGAGUUUUUUCUCGACUAACAAUUUCUCAGGUUAGUCAAAAUGCUACGAUUUGUCUAUGACAUUGAUUUAUUAAAUAAUGCGGAUAUUCCGUUUGAUUAUUAAUUUAAACUACAGUAAACAAAUUCGAGAAAGCUUUUUUUUUUUGUAGCGUUUUGGACCAUACACUGAACUGUCGUAAUUUUUAUAAUUUUUAACAACAUUCUAAUUUUAACUAAUAUUGGUUAUAGAAAUUAAAAAAAUGAUAACAUUACGUUUGAUAUUUUUUAUCAUUAAUUACAACUUGUGACGAUCUUUAUGGUAAAUUUUUACUACCGUAAAAUUGUCCAUUUUUUCUAAAAGUUCUUUUUUUCGGUUUUUCUUAAUUUUUAUGUAAAUUAUUCGGAAAAUAAAAAAAGGCUCUCCACAAUGGAGCAACUAAAUCUAAAACUCUACAAUUAAGCUCUCUCGCCAUUUUUUGAGUAUAACUAGAUUUUUGGUAGAAAAUUGUCAUAUUUUUAAGCAUUUUAUUUCAAAUUAUGAGAAAAAUUUAAAAAAUGUAUUUUAAAAUAUGUUUAACUGAACUUCGCUCAGAAUUGUAUUUCUUCAGCAAUGAUUUCUCGUUGCGUACAGAUAUAAAUUAAAUAACUGUAUGUACCCUACCUUCUAAUCUUACCACUUACAACAGUGACACAACCAUUAGUAGUAUAAUCUCUCUCUUUUUUUUUUCAUCAUUUACUGACUAUAAGAAUUUUUAAUUUUUGCAUUUAACUAAAUUUGAAUCUCGAAUUUUCGUAUUAUAUACUUGUAUAUUACCAAAUAAUAGCAAUAUAUAAUAGUAGCACAUUAAUAUUUAAAUCAUAUUUAUUUGUAUGGAAUUGAAAAUCUAAUUUAUAUCCAUGGUGUAUUGCAUGUUAUAAUAAUUACACUAAUGUGACUGCAAGACCGUAAUUUAUGUGUUAUUUUCGAACAUCAGGCGUGUUUUAUUAUAAACAUACUAUUACAUUAGAUGAUUUUCCUAUGAUAUAAACAUGUCUUAUUAAAACAAUGAAAUUCGAAGGUUAUAAAUAUUAUUUUUAAUUGAUGCUAGUAAAAAAAUAAAUUAAUAAUAAAUGUAUAAAUUGUUAAAUAAAAAUUCUUUAUUUUAUUCUCUUAUGAAAAAAGUAGUUUAUUAUUACUACUUAUUACUGAGUAACUAUUAAACAUUUUAAAUUUAUCUAAAUAAUUUACAUAUUAAAAUUAUUAUCAAACGAAUCAUGGGUAUUUUUUUAUAAAAGUGAAUCUCAGUACAAAAAAUAAAUUAUAUAAAUUAAAUAUCUGUUUACUCAAUAACGCGAAUGUUAACUGCAUAAAUAUGUGGUGAAUAAAGUUAUGGGGCAAUUGAACGAGCUUCCGAAAAUAGGUACCCGAUAAUAUACAAAUAAGAAGUACCUUUUAAUUGGUUCACAAGACUUUGCUAGUUACUUGAUUUACUACAUUGAAAUGUUUUCAAAAAUAUAUUGGUUAUUAUAAUGUUAACAUGUUGCCGAAUAAACAGUAAAUAGUAUGUAUUAUUUAUAAAGAUGUCUGAGAACAAAAUAUGAAGAAUAAUCUGUAGUCCUGUUUAUGAUGAAACAUAAUCGACUAUAAAGAGCUAAGAAUCUAUACAAGGAGCUGAUGUUGACGCUAGUGAUUAGUUUUUUAAAAGGCAAUACUGCACAAUGGUUAUAUAGGCUGUAUAAUGAUAAAGAUAAUGGUAGAGUAGUGCUAGUAAGGAAGUCUCCAAGGGCGUGACCUUAUGGUGAACCCAGACAAAUUUGGAUUGACAUUCUACAGGAGGACUUAAGGAAUCCAGGAGUGGAAAAUUAGAAAAACGUGGUUCGAGAUAAUGAUAGAUGGUAUGAUAUUGAUUUGGCGACGAGAAAUCUUAGCGAGUUGUAAUGUUUUGAAUCAAAGAAAUUAAAAAUACCUAACCUAACCUUCGUGGCAUCAGAAAUGAAAAAUGAAAAAUAUACUUGGAUGAUGAGGUUAUUCAUGACAAUAGACGCAGCAUAUGGUUUUAUGAUUUAUUAUUGUUUGUGUACAUAAUAUAGAUACCUAAAAGUAUAAUAAUAAUUAACAUUAUGCACGGUAAUUUGCUAAACGUCAUGAAAUUUGAUUAACAGUCAUCACAUAUUAUAUAGCAGUAGUAUUAUAAUAUUAUUAAUUAUUAAAUCCGCUUUACGUUUAGACAGGAAAAUAAUUUUUUUUUCUAAUUCCGUAGAACUAAUAAUAAUAUUUAUUAAAAAAUGCAAAAUUUUAAAUGUGAUGUCUGUGUGUAAAUAGUUUAUGAAUUUAAUUCACUGCAUUAAGUACUCACAGUAAUAUGGUAAAACAUAAUAAUACAUCAUUGGCGUGCGCAGGGUGAGGGAUUGGGGGUCAUAGCGCCCCCACCCCAUUGGCUUUUUAACACAACAAAUAUGAGUAUUUAAUUAGUCAUUGAUUGCCAACUCUUAAAGAAAAACUUGAUUUAUUGAUUAAAUAUUAUUUUUUUAAAUCCAGCUUUUAAAUUUCCAUUUUCGAGCUGGGUAAAAAAAAAACUUCGACGAUUCAUACGUGAUUAAUAUUUACUAAAUCCUCUCUUAUUUUUGGACAUGCCUCUAUAAUACGUGAGUAGGUACCCAUUACACAUCAAAUAAUGUAUAAUUUUUGUGAAACUGUAUCUAUACCUUAUAAUCUAUCUAUAAAAUAUAAUAAUGUUUUUUAAAACAACUGAGUAGUUAAAUUUAUAAAAUUAUAAAAAAAAAUGUGUCUCCGAACCAAAUUUGUCUCGUCUACUUAUUAAAAGCUAUCACGUUCUUGAAUCACCUAUCUAUCUAUUGCGGUUUGUUAUUUUUAUUUUUUGUUUAUCAAAGUAGGUAUAUAAUAUAAUAUAUAUACGUAGGUACGUUUCAACUGGCACCUAAAUAAACAACCGAAGACAAACAUGUUACACGUAUUAUUAAAACGUAUAUUACGACAGGGUCAGGGCCAAUUAUUUUUUACGGGUAAUUUUGUAUUUAAUUCCUUGUUUUCGCUUACAUGAAAUUCUAUACGCUUUUCCUGCGGUUUUAACAUUGUUUAUAAUAUAAACAUAAUAAUAAUAUGUAAGAAUAUAAUUAUAUCAGCGUUUUGAUUUUUAAAUGACCGAAUUAUAAUGGUAAAAUUGUAUACUAUUUACCAGUUGUCUACGGUAUAUUGUUUAAUUAAUUUCAGUAUUGUACUUAUACAUAAACAAUUAUUGAGAGAUAUUAUUAUCAUUUUUUUUUCGUUAGUAUCGGAGUUAGCUGUACUUUGAUUGCGUGUUUUUUUAAGGAUAUUAAUAUUAUUGUGAUUUAUAAGUAUGAAAUAUUACGAUUUUAAUGAGAUUUAUUUUUACGAAUAAUUGUCAGAAAAAACUUAAUAACAAUAAAGUAAAUAUUAUAAAAAAAAAGGCUAAAACAUAAACUAUCUCUAAAAACCGUUGUGGUAAUUUUAUUAUUUAUUGUCUAUGUAACAACUUUUCUACCAGAAAACAUAUUCCAAUCAAAAAACGACAAUAAUUGUCCAUUAUUGUAGACAAUUUUGUCUAAUUGUGUCUAAAAGUGGCUCACCUAUCGUACGAAGUAUAUUAGUUUCUUUUUUUAAAUUGGUUCUAUGCCUAUUUUAUUUUUCUAGCUUCUCAAAAAUGAUUGAAAAUUGUAUCUAAGUUUUUUCAUAAGUUGUUAUUAUGGUACCAUAAAAUGUUGAAAAUCCGUAGACAUAAUUUUUUUUUAAUAAGAGUUUAAAGUUUAUAUUUCGAUGGAAAUCGUAAAAAUCCCGACAUUUUGCGUACCAUGUAAAUACAAAUUAUUAAUAAAAAUGCUCGGAAAUUUAAAAUAAGGUUCCCCAUAAGUUGCACCUAGUAAUAAAAAAAAAAGUUGAGCAUAAUGUAAGAAUUUUUAUUUAUAAGCGUUUAAAGUUUAAUCGAACUUAACUCAGAAUCGUUUUUUAAUAGCAGCUGAUUAGUUAUUGUGUAUAGGUUAAAUGACCUCCAUAUGUCCUGCUUUUCCAGCUUCUUAUUUACAACAAUGGUACAGCUAUUAGUAGUAUAUCCUUCCUUUUAUUAUUAUUAUUAUUAUUAUUAAAUAUUACUGAAAUAAUGCUGCAGCCAUAAUAUUGUACGUAUUUGAAAUAAAAGUAAAAAAGUUAUUCUAGAAAAUGGCUAAAAAAAAUCAUUCUAUUCAUUCGUAUUCUCCGUUUUCUUUAUCUUAUUUAUAAUAUUUAAAUUUGUUUUUUUUUUCAAAUUGAAACCGUGCAUGGCGAAUUGUAUUUAGUUUACGAAUGCAGAGCAUUAAGUUCGACGUGCUUAAACAAUAAUUUUGUCUGACUCACGUACCUACAUGUCUAUGGUUAAAUGGUUUGUAUUAUAAUAUACACAAAUAUACGUAGAUACACUUUUAUUGAGUACAUUCGCACAUAUUUCGUUAAAAAAAAUAAAAACAAAAUAAGAUAAAUUAUACUAUUUUUUUUUUUGUAUGUAUUAUAAUACCUAUGUAAUUAAAAUUUGUUUGUUUUCCGAAGAAGAAAAGUGUUUUCUUUUCUUUUUUAGCGUUAGCGACAUAAGAAUAUAAUAAUAUUUGUCAAUAAGUAUGCUUUGAUUUUUCAUCGAAUUGAUAGGAUAUGGAAUUUCUUUUCCCAAAACCGAUAUUUUUGGAGGAAAAACUUCUAAUGGCUUUGAAGUAUGAAAAAAUCGUUCUUAAUGUCAACCUAUGUAUAUUAUAACCGAUCAUCAAUUUCGAUUUUAAAUAUAGGAUCGAUUGUCAUUGGAUGUAUAUAAAGUAUAUUGGUAACAAAUAUCGGGAAAAUGCAUAUCAGCUCGGCACUGAAUACUACAGUAAUGAUAGUUUCAUUAUAUGUAUAACAUAUUAUUGUCAGUAUAGCGUUAUGAAAAAAAAAAGAAAAUGUAUAUGAAAUAUGACAAAUUCAAUCGCGUAUGUCUUAUACGUCUGUCGUCGAUGUCGGGAUUGUAUAGAUUUGUUGUUGUUUCAAAACAUGUUCGUCUGGAUAAAUAUAUGGUGUAAAUCAUAAUAAAAUAAAAAACCGAACUUGCUGCACGAUGGCUAUUGACCCCAAAAAUUAGUAGGUAACGCCGGACGGUCGUUUUUCAAACAAUAACAACAAGAGAGCGUUCGUUAGCAAUAUAAGUAAGUCGACCGUGCCGAUUUACGUAUACCUAGUACCUAUAUCUACAGAGUGACUCUUUUAUCGUGAACCAUUAACAAUCAUUUAGAGUAGAAUUCGCUUUUUCGAAUUUGUCAAUUAUUAUGCUAUAGAAAAUCAUUUAAUGUGACAUUAUUAAAAAUGUUCACCUUUAUUACUGAAAUACAGUGGCGUGACUACCGAAUAUGUUGGAAAAGUGAGAUUUCAGGGCAUCUGAUAUCAGGAACCGCAAGGACAAACGAUAAAAUGUAGUUUUACUAAGAAUGUUUUAUCACUAUUUAUUAUCAACUGCGUCAUGGGGAAUUGGGGUAUCUUGACUGUUUACAUUUUCGGAAGAAUAAGGUACCGAUUUAUAUUUGACUUUUGGCUCCUCAAGUGGUCUAAUUGCACUACCGUGUGUGGAUCUAUAUGAUAUACACGAUACAUUUUCAACUUUUUUCAAUUUUUUUGAAUUCCAUACCCCGCGUGGAAGUGAAUACGGAAUAGCAAUAAAUUUCAUCCGGUUAUAGAUGGUGUGAAAGGAGACGAGGAAAACCAAACUAGAAAUAUUCGUAUAGACAAUACGUACAAUCGGUGCAGGUCCGUGAUAAAUACCUGUGUACGUUAAUAAUUCUAAUAAUUUACAAUAUUAUCGGAGCGUUAGACAUCCGCGGUUCGCGACGCAUUUCGUAGACAAUCGUAGAUGUACAGGUAUAGGCCGUGGUAGGUAUUUAACAAUUUCGACGGUGGUGUGUCGAACUCAUAUAGCGAGUAGCGCGUUUCAACACUAAAUAGACAACAUUAAUAAUAAUAAUAAUAAUAAUAAACGCGUGUACAAGCGCGGCCCGGGUCAUGUGUGUGCUCGUACGGCGUACGUUAGUAGGUGUGUUGUACGUGUGUACAACACGUUGUAAUAAUCGUACACAAUAUAAUAAUAACAAUAAUGGUGAGUAUAUCCGCGAGUUUGAGGCGGAUUGUGAGCCGUUCCGUUUUCAGUAUACUUACGACUAUAAUAUGUUUGGUUUUCGCGGUUCUCCUAAUAAUAUUACGCUCAGUAUCUCGGUAAUAAUAUUAUAGUAUAUAUUAUUACAUAGCGUGUGUACACAAAUAAUAUUUAUACAGGACACCGCGUUUACUCUGCUCCCGUGUUCUCACGAUUAAAAGUCUGCGAGAGCAAUGCAAUGCGACUAACAAAGCCCCGCAGCGACUCUAAUCGUGAUUUUCGGUAUUAUUUUUCUCCAGUUUCAAUCGGGCACGCAGCCUUUUGCUACUUAAACCAAACCCUUCCGUUGGUCUAGGUUAUCCGGUUUUAAACUCGUUUCGUUAUUAAUUUCCUUGAUACUUUUUCUAACUCGAUUUAGCCAACGUUGUCGCGAUUUACCUCGGGGCGUGUCUUAUUUUGGUUGUUAACUAGCACUUAUAUAAUUAAACUUUCCUUGAUUUGCCAAAUAUGUCCCGAUAACUUCAAUUUUUUGGGUACAUUACACUUUAGAGACCAAUGAAAAUCCUAAUUCCUCUCCAUAUCCACGGUAGUUAUCAUUUCAUAGUGUGACUAUUGUUUUCGUGUUAUAUAUAUGUCUGCAUAUACAGAACUGUGUAUAUAUGUUAUAUAUGUGUCUGCAUCCUCUUCUAAGAACUCUUUUUUUAAAGGACAUUUUGUCUCAUCAGCUUUGGUCGUUGACUACGUUUCCCAGUAGUACCUAUCAUUUUUGGUUUACGACUACUGAAAAAAAAGGAAGAGUAAUUAAAGAUAAAUAAACUCAGAAAAUCAAAACUCCUAAAGUCUGCAUCUCAUUUACAAAUCUGUCGGGAUAGUUUUAACCAUGAUAAUAUGAUAGCUAACGUGUCAGUUCAUAACUCUAACUGACACGACUAUUCAUUGUAGCAGUGACAUCGUAUAAAUCUCCGAUUAUUCGGCCGACAUCACGUAGUCAUAAUAAUAUCAUCGAGCUUGAUUUUAUCACGACUUGUCUGCACCACUUUACUGAUGCCGAGUGCAGAUAAGUCGCGUUUUUGGUAUACGGUAUCACGGUUCGGUGACAUUCGAAAUUAUUGGUUAGUGAAAUCUGCGAUGUAUUGUAUAGGUAGGUACUUAAACGGACUAACGAUUUUUAUAGUUUGUGGUGUCGAUCGACGAUGUGACGAUACAGAUAACAUAUGUUAUUAUAUUAUUUAAUUUAAGUCACAACGUAACGUCUACGACCUGUAGUAUACUGCGUAGUCUCGUUAUACAAUGUUAAACAUUUUUUUUUCCAAAAAAAAUGGUCUCUGGGGAAACUUGUAUAAUAUUUCGUAUAAAGCAUGUCCAUUAUUGUUUAUUCAUUAUUGUUGGUGUUAGACAAUUAUAUUUGAUGAGUUAGAGCCGUUAGAGGGGGAGAAUUUUAAACCUCUACCGUUUUUACUUUUUAAAAUAUUUUUUAACCAAUGUUUUUUCAGGGCUUUUUUGAUGUUUUUGUUUGAUGGUAAUAUUACGAGUAGAAUUGUUGUACCCUCGUCGAAAAGAGUUCCACGGUCAAUAUGUUACUAUUGUUACGUUGCGUUAUUAAACCCCUAACCUAAUGUAACCGGGUCGCGGGUUUAUUCAUACGAGUAGAGUUAUAUUAUAAGGACUCGGGCAUGUACUUUAUCGGGCUAAUCGUCGUCAGUGUGUGUAGCGACAGUAAAUAUUAUGUUGUUUCGUUACGACUUCCUUGUGUACACCGAUGUGGCGAUGACGUCAUGUUAUUGUAUAUCUUUAAAAAUAUAAUACAUUAUGUAUAUAUGUAUUUAUACAUAUUUUUUUUUUUUGGCCAGCCAGCCACAGUCGAAUCAGAAGACGUCGAGACCGUCGUCGUCGACGACUCCACCGAGACGGCGGCGGCCAAAAGUGAAAGUACUCGCAGGACGUGUACUAACUAGUGACCGUGAAGGUAAUUCGAUAAUAAUUCGGUUUCGAGGUAACGGCAGCGCGCACAUAUCUAUGGCGAAAGCUCUUUUUCCUCUCUCGUGUCGUCAUUUUUUUUCUUCAUUACAUAUCUAUAAUAAUAUAUAAUAUGUUGUUAUUACAUCUGUUGCUGCUGUAAAAAUCGCACCACCUGCCCGCCCGCAGCAGCGUCAGUAGAACUCCAGUGAUUCUUAGAAUACGGCUAUACAGUAUAAAUAUUGUUAUUUUCGCUUUGUUUUUCCGACUUUGUUUUAUAACAAGUCCAUAUUGCCGUAUUCGACAAAAACAAAAACAAAAUAAUAUUAUAAAUACAUUUGUAUACAAACAACCAUAUAGACCGUCUGCAAUAUUGUUAUCAUAUUAUAACAUAGUCGUACGCGUCGAGGUCUGUGCACAUGUAUUACGAUCGCGAGUAUUCCGUUUUUGCGCAAUAAGACGCCGACAAGUAGUUUUUCACCUUGUAAAUUAUAAUUACUAUUAAAUAUUGUAUACUACAAUACUUUAACACAUCUUGUAGUGGAAAACGAAUUGAAAUAAAACGUUAAAAUGAAUCUGUGCAUCAUGGACGCGCAAUAUACUCUCUGCUAUAACCAUAGUAUGGUGGUCUAAAUACAUAACUAAAAAAUUGAGCAACUGUAGUCGUUUCGAGUAUAGAAUUCACAGUAAGACGUGUACGAGACACAAACUAAUAUGAAAAUCUUAAAUAGAAGUAUGAAGUAUUAACAAAACGUAUUGACAUAACAAGUCCUUAUUAUUAAAAAAAAAUCAAAGAAGACAAUAAGUCGUGUAAGUUUUGAUGAUAAACCAAACGUGUUUCAUAAUAGUUUGAUAACAAACACAUAUCUGUAAAUAAAAGUGAUAUCCAGUGGCGUAGUUACCACUGAGAUAUCUGAAGAAGUCGUCUCGUGGCAUAUAAUUUGCUUGGAGGCUUACACGUAUGAUAAAGGCACUGGUGAUUGUUAUGAAUUUCGUAGACCAAUUAUAUAAUUAAAGUUGAAUAAAUAUAAAUUUCCACGUAACGCAGGCCAAACAGCUAUCUGUUCACGUCAAUUGAUUGACGGUAUCAUGUGUCAGAUGCUGUGAUAAACUGAUAAAUCUGAUCAAAACAAUAUUAUUACAUAAAUUAUUUCAUAUUUUUACAUCAAAAUAAGUUAGAUAUAAAUAAAAAGUAUCAAGAUAUCUUGUAUGCAUGGUGUAAGUGAUAAUUUACUUAAUUAAAACAGACAUUUUUAAUUUGAUAAGAUGUGAUUGGGUUUGUCUUUUUCAAAAAAUAGAUUACAGCACUUUUUUGGUAUCAUGAGUAUAAUUUAUGAUUUUUAUUGUAUAGAUGAAAAAUAUUAAACCUUUGAACACUUUAAUGUGUAGCUACGCCACUGCAUUAAGCAUGGCUUAAAAUUUCAAUCAGAAUCUAUGUACAAAUCGAAUAUAGCCAAAAUUGACUCGCCUAAGCUCUUUAUCGUAAAUUCGGUCAAAUUGAAAAUUAUCGUCUUUGAGAAUAUUGUUAAAUGUAAAUUUAUUACACCGUUUAAAUAAUAUUAAAUUAGGCUGCUGUUAUAUUUUAUGAGUGAAUAAAUAAAUAUAUUAUUAUAGUUUUUGGAUGCAACAAUAAUAUUGUAUUAUAUUAUAGUGAUACAAUAAACUGACCGACUAUAUAAAAUACAAAUAUAACAACGUUAACGCGAGCAAUAAACACAUAAAAUAUUAUUAUUUGUUGACUCAAUCAUAUUUACUUGAAACCUAUUUACUUGUGUCGCAUGGUGGAUAGACGUUGAGGAAUUUGAAUCCGUUUUCGCGCGAAACACGAUUGUGAGCAAACUGUUAUUAACAAAGACUGCCGGUUAUAUUUUUAAUAUGUAACAAUUUGCAUUACUGCUGUAGUUGUAAAAUAAAUAAUCGACCGACAAAGACUAAAAGAGCCGGGGGAUUUCACGCUUCAAUCGCGGCACGAGUAUACAUCGUGCACUUGAAAUUACGACAAUUUCUUUAUUGAGUGUCCAAUAUUAUUAUAUUAUAGUUUGCUCAGGUUGUCUUAAGUAUAUUAUAUCAGGAACGUAGAACAAAAUUUCGGUUUAUGGCGGGAGUUUAAUUAAAUUAUGAAAUAUUAUCGUUAUAUUUUUCAAUAAUAUUAUUUUUUGUAUAUUUGUUAUGUUUAAAAUACUAAUCCCCCCCCCCUAAAAAAAAAAAAAAAAAAUAAAUAUUUUUCUGCAUUGAGUAGCAGAACAUCUUGUUAUAUGUUACUAUGACGUGACGUUUCGAAUUAAGAAAUAAAAAUGUUAUCAAAAAAAAAAAAAGAAUAACUCGUACUGUACAACGGAUGGUUUUUAUUUGUCAAUAUCGAAAAUAUUAAACAAAUGUUAUGAUCGUUCUAAAAUUUGAUAGAUUGUUUAGUUGUAAAACUAAAACCAACGUUACAUAAUGCGAGAUCUCCUCAUUAUUUUAUUAUGGAAAUUUGAUUUCUUAUUUAAACCUAUUAUUUCACGUUUAAAAAAAAAGUUGAUCGAAUGUAAGUAUCGUAUAUUAUUGGACAACCCAUAUCUCUAUAUUAAUAACAUAUAGAUAUAUAAACAAAUUUAAUAACAUAGAUAAUGAUAUAAUUUUGCUCGUAUAUUUAAAAACCAACUCUAUUUCUGUAUCUAAUCACACUCCGAAAUUGCAUAUAGGUUCGACUACAUUCUUAUAUCACUAAUUGAACUUUAAAAACACAGAAUCAGCUUUUGAUGACGGCAUUUCGUAUACGCAUAACUUAAUUCCUGGAUAUACCUAUUCGAAUAACAUAAGCUCGAAAUAGUGGCGUAUUACCUGUAAUAAUGAAAUCGAUUUAUGUAACGACGAGGUGAAGAAACGCCACCAAUGGGCGUCCGCUGUUCACUAAUACCAAUAUUAUGCAUUUCUAUAAAAAUACCCACAAAAACUUGUUUUUUUUUUUUUAAAACAUUUUUAUAAGUCCAACACGCGCUUGCGUUUCACGGUCCGCCGAAAACGGACGUUCUUGUUUUAAAACACGUUCGUCGGCAGAGUUAACCAACGUUGAUAAUCGUUACGUACGCCUAUAUUAUACAUUAUAAUAUAAUAUCGUUACGUUAUUAUACGCUUCAGUUCUAUAAUAACUUUUAUAACAGCACAAACGCGGGAAUCGGGAACAAAUAUUAGAGAAAAACACAUAGGCAAAUUAACGGUUUAGGAGCUGGAAGAAAAACAGAGCCAAAUUAUAAACCCGGUAUAUAACCAGGGUGAAAAAUUCCCGAAUAUUAUUUUAAAGUUUCAACGAUUAAUUGAAAUUACACAAGUUCACGAGUAUUUUCAAGACGUUAUCAUGAGUCAAUUCCAACUAUGAAGUCGAUCCCUUAUGUGUUGUGUGCCUUUGAAAAUCCGACUAUUUUCUUUUUGAAUGAAUAUUAUUCGGGGAAUAUAUCAGUAAUUUGGCGAUGUUUCUCAAUGAAUUACACUCUAAGGGAGAAGGUCGGUUCGCAUAGUUUGCGUACUCGAAUCUAGUGGCAUGGAAGACAUUUCUGAGGGGGGAGAGACUUGUAACCGCGUAACCCUCUUCCCGGUUACGGAACUGCUAGAAUUUUUGCGGUGACUUGACGAUCUCGAUUGCGCCGGUUCGACAUCACCUUCGGAGAUUGUAUACCACGGUUACCCCGGUGUGCGGUAUAUAUUAUAAUACAAUAACUAUAUUGCAUAUUUAUAUUUGUAUACGGGCUCGUGAUGAAUGGUCAAAAUCGUACGCUCGCGGGAAAGAGUUUUGUUAUUAUUCCCCCCACCCACCCGUAGCCAUAACCAUCACGUGACGUGUGUCCAAACGAAUGGCGGCGAUUUCCAUUUCUCGAACCGCCACCGCCCGGGAAAACGGUACGCGUUGUCGGGCCGAAAGUGGGUCAAGUGGAUAUUUUAUUAUUUUUGUAUUGUCCGAUUUUCCCGAGCGACCCCGGCGGCGGCGUACGUUUUCCGUCGGGAAAGAAAAUAUAAUACGCACGUGUGACGUGUAAAAUAACAUAUAUAUUAUAUGUCUACGUUUUCGUGUAUAGGACUAUAGGUAGGUAUACUGUUAUUAUUGUCGUCGUUGUCGUCGUCGGUGGUGCCGCGAGAGACGGAGAUAGAGAAACCGUUUGGGAAAAAAAAAAAAAAAUAAUAAUAAUGUAAUGUCCGCAGCGCAAAAUCCGCUACGCCACGCGCCGAAGACCUUCACGUAGGACACUUUCACCCGCACAGAAUGUCCGCGCACGGCUUUUGCGCGUUUACACAGUACUUUUCCGCAGCCGUAGACUUUUUUUUUAAUUCCGUUCCUAUUAGUUGUAUACUACAUUCGUACGCCUAACGAAUGGUGUGCGGAUAUUUCCCCAUUUUUUGUAUUUUCUCCGUUACACGUUCGUAUUACUAUAUAAUAUAGUGUAUAUUACUCCCGUUACUUUUGGACGGUUUUAGCGGUUUCAUCUGGACCGAAUGAAUCAUCAAUGAUCGGGAAUCACAGUUGUUUUAUUAAAGUGGUAAAAUUUCGUUUGAAUUUUAUGAUGGAUUUCGCCAUAUUGUUUUUGCAAACAUGACCAAUAUUCGAAAAUUGAAUACAACAAUAAGUUAUUGUUACUGAUAAAAAAAAACUUAAUUUCAUCGUCCCGAUUUGUGCAUGUUUUUUUUUUUUUUUUUAUGUUUAAAACGUUUAAGUACUUGGAAUGAUUCUAAAGGACCGCCGGUCGUCAGUCGAACAUUCAAAUUCUAUUCAUAUAUUCUUUAUCGAGAAUCGAUUUUCGAACGUGUGAUCUUAAUCGUUAGGUUGAAAUUUAAUAUAGGAUAAUUAGGUGUAAGACUAUUAAUUAUAUUUAUACCGGGUGUCCGAGACUGGUAUUCUGACUGUCCGUAUUCUCCGUUGUAUUACGUUUAUAAUAAUAUAUGCGCGUAGGAAUGUUACCUACACAUUAUUUUACCGACAACAAAAACCUCUACGGGACGCUUUUACAAUCACGUUAUCAGCUUGGGGUAUCAAUUCAUCUGAUAAUACCAACGAGUCGAAAUCCUUUUUGUCCUUUCUAUAGCGUUAUGUUGUUCUAUGUUGUACGGGAACGGUCGAAAGACCGCCGACAGAGAAAACGCGGGAGAGUUAUAUUAUUAUUGUUAUUAUUAUAGCUGCCAUUGUACGGCCUUGCCCGGGUUACAUUUAGUUAUCCAGAAAUCAAUAAUAAUAAAAUUUAAUUGAUUUUUAAACAAUUCAAACUAACCAAUAUUAAAAACUGAUAUUAAUAAUUGGUUUAAUAAUAAUUGAUUUAAAAUAACCAUGUGUGCCAGAAUUUGAUUACAUUUUAGUCUACAGAGGUAUUUAAAACCCAAUAUUUCAUAUUAAACCAUGAAAUUAGAGCAUGGACAUCGUUUGAGAAGGGGUUGAAAGUUGAAAGUCCUAACAGGUACAUCCUUAUUGAUACAUAUACCGUGCAUGCACAAAAUAUCAUCCCUCUGAAUUCAUUUGGGAAUCAGUAUGGGUAUAAAAGCUAAAAAAAAAUACAAUCUUCGCAAAAUUCAACCAAAAUUUUAGCCAUAUUACGGCUCUUCCCCAGGCAAACCUACUAGUGACUAACCUCAUUUUGGGCAUAAUUGUAGUGUUCAUAAAAAUUUCAAUCAUUUUUGACAGGUAAGUAGGUUCCAGAUUAUUAUUGAGACCAUCGUCGAGUAUUAUAAUAUUAGCUAUUUUUUGCCAUAUUUUUUAUUAUUAAACGUAUUAACUUUUUUAAUUCUUAAAUUUAAUCAUAUUUAAUAAUGUUGGAAUAAUAAUACCUAAUUUAUUGUUAUUUUAUAUGUAAAAAAAAAAUAAAAUAAAAUACAUAUAUAAUAAUAUAUUAAUAAAAAAAAAAAAAAAAAACACGGUGCCUACCCACCCAUAUACUGUAAAAAAUUGAAAUGUAUGGACACGAAAGCUUUGCGCAAAUAAGGUUGGCCACUUCUAUAGGUAUUCGCUCUUGCUAAAGCCGAGAUAACGUAUUGCCCAAGUAUCGUGGACACUUGGCGUUUUGUCCGAGCAUUUCUGAGGUUCGCCCGAUUUCGGCUUUUGUCCGUAACAUAUAAAUUGUUAAAAUUGAUGCGCCUGUAUAAUAGCGAAUCGGUGUUUCGGUUUACAUACAAGUGCGUGUAUUUUCAACGUUUAAUUUGUUCGUAUUUGAAAAUCACAAACGAAAUUGUUUAAAGCCCCCUUUGCCGGGACCAAAGAUAUAAUACUAUUGUAUGCGUAACCAGAUACAGUGCAGUGUAAAAGUCAGUCUCUAUUUUCGGAGGGAAUUUUGGCAAAAACCGUCAGUUUUACACAAUAAAAUACACGUUUUGGGUACCCCUGCGCAUUGCCAUCACCACCGCCGUGACCAUCGUCGUCGUCGUAGAUAUUAUGCAACAUAGUACGCCGCGUCGAAGAAUGUCGUUUUUUUUUUUUUUGAACGGCCACGGCCGCCGGCUCGUCGAUCGGUCGUCGUCGGCUGCACAUGGAAACUAAAACAUAGCUGACAUAUUAUUAUUAUCGUCGUCGUCGUCGUCGAAAUAAUAUUGUUAUUACUCGAUAUUCUACGCACGCGCGUCUAUAUCUAAUAUAAUAUGUACAUAUAUAUUGUAUAUACCUCGGCGUUUUCGCGCCACGAUAACAAUCGAUACGACAAAAAAUAAGAACUGCCACGAAAUAUCGGAUGCGGACGAUAUCGAGAGUAUUGCAGUGUACCGCAAAUAGAUUUUGAGUUUCUUUCAGUCCCCGUUUUGUUACGUUUUAACAGGUCGUCACAGUCGCGUAUUUUACCGUCUCCGACUUUCCGACGGGUCGCGAUUUUAUAAAAAAUAUUCCUUUAGAGUCGGUUUUAGAGAUAAAACGGCUCUUGUCGGCUCAUAUACAAUUUGUUAUAGACGACGACAUUUCGUAUACAUCGUCGUUGAUCGUUUUACAAAGGUAAAGUGAUCAAAGGUACGAAAAUCCGUGUUUUAUAUUUGUUUAAUAAUCGUAACUUUUUUUCCAUAAUUAAUACAUCAAAAACCGACGACGACGCCGUCUUCGAAUUGUCAUCUACACGUUUUAUUGUACAAUAAGCGUUUUAUCUCUACAACCGAUUUUAAAGAUCUUUUUCGUUUGUUUCACUGUGCGUAAAUUCUGAUAUACGUUUACUGCUUUGCACGUUAGAAAGACCGAGACGGCAAAUUAAAUUCUCGCGGUCUCUUAAUACAUUGUGACCGCCCUCUUGCCGCCGCUAUUUUUACUGCCGACUUUCCGUGCUUACUCGUAUGCGACUUCGGGAAACUCUAACAAUUUAAUGGGGGUUUUUCAAAUUAUCUCGUAAUCCAUAGAAUUGACAAAUUGAAAGAUUUAUUUUGGAGUUACGAAAGCUUUGUGUAAAUCGUAAAUAAAAUUAUCAAUACCGUAUUUUAGUUGAAUUUUUCUCGAAAAUGAGUCUACUAUGUCCGUCAUAUCAUGUAUUUUUAUAUAAAUUUACAUCUUUCCUUUUUAUACUUUUGUACACUUUUAAUGGCUCUCUAUGGACUUAAUGAGCUUAAAAUCGGGAAUUAUAGGCGGAUUGAAAUGCUCAAAAUUGAAUUGAAUUUCGUUAUAAAUUCACCAUUUACUUGUGGGGGGAUGUUUAAUUUAGCUUCGUACAUCUUUAAAGGUUCUAUAAUGAAGCGUGGAGUUAGUAUCAAAAAUGUGCCUUUUAGAGGUUUCAACUUUCAAACACCAUCCCCUAUGCCAUUUGUACGCUCAAAUUUUACUAUUUUUUUGUUUUGUUUUAAAGUAGAAGUUUUAUUAUUUCAGCAUUUGUUUACAUGAAUUUACGCCAUUUGGCUCUUGUACAAUUUAUAUAUACGAGUACAUACAUGAAAUUUAACACAUUAAAUAACAGUGUUUGAAAAACACAUUAAUUGUUACAAAACCAAAUUGAUAUGGUCUUAGGAGAAGUUAUUGGCUAUAUGGACGUCAUUUUUACUAUUGGUAAAUUAUUCGCGAAAUUUGUUCUACACAUAGAGUGGAUAAAAAAAACCCCUGUGACCUAGUAUUACCUGGCACAUAAAUGCAGAGAUGUUUUAAAAGACGUGAAGUGUCAAAGUGCCUUUCUAAUAAUUUCAUAGUGAAGUUAGCACAAAAUGUAUUGCGCCGUUGUUGUGCCUAACCUAACAGGCCCUUAAGGUGGUUGAGAAACAUUAAGACCUGACCAACGAAGCCAAGGAAAUGAUUCUGUACUUUAUCAAGAGCAUAUUUAGGUCGCGGAUUUUGUCAUACGUAGAUACCUAUUAUUGUUAUUAUUGGACACUUUUAUUAACAAUUUUCGGCAUAUUUUCAAAAAAAUUUUGGCACUUUUUGAGUUUAUUUUGAUUUAAGUGAAUAAAAUAUUUUUCGGAUAUUAUGCAAAGUUCAUAAUAAUAUAUUGUUCUUAAUGGUUAAACAAAUUAAAAUACAUGUUUUAUAUUACGACUGAUGUUAUUCAGAUUCGGAGAGCACGGUUGAUACAGAAGUGAUGAGUAUUUUAUGAAGAUCUCCCACUUUCGUUCGUUAGUUAGCUAAAAUAUAUAUGCGAUUUGUGCAAUCAAGUGGACGAUAUGAUGACUACGGAUGACAUUCUAUUUCACGUUUUUCUAACGAUUAUAAUAAUUAUUACUAUUUAUGUAAAAAAAAACCCAUGCGUGUUCCUGCGCAUCGUUAAGGUUUUUGACGAUUAGGCAGUAGUAAAAAAUUUCGUUUUUGUCUAUUUCAUUUGGAGCGACUACUAAAUCUCCAUCCGUCAUUAUGUAUCUAAUUAUUUAUCAAAUGACUAAUAGCUGUUAAUAUUCACAGGGGGAUUAAUAUUAUAUUAAAUAAGUUUGCUAUGAUUGAAGGAAUAAAACAAGUCAUGCAAACGAUAUCAAUGUUACCGGUUAGUGAAAAAUAAAAUUGUUCACGUAUUUGGUUGAUAUAUUUUACUGCGAUAGGUGGUAAAAAAUUCGACUAAUAGUUCAGCUCUGCAGUCUCUGCAUAAGCUACUUACCGAAUAUUGUAAUUUAUCACUGCGCAGCAGGAGGAGAUAGCAAGUGUUCCGCGACUUGUUAUCUUCGAUAUUAUAACACAGUCACUAGACUGAUACGUAUUUUUGUUUUAUAUUAUAAUAUAUAAUAAGUAUUGCGGUUUUUUUUAUGAUUAGCUUUCCCCCUUCCCAUAUUCGUGUACAGCGUUAACGUGUAUAGUGUGUCUACCUACGCGGCAGUGUUCUUAUACAACACAUACCUAGUUGAGCAGCAGUUGUCCGCUAAACGUUUUAAAAGUGAAAACCGUUCAAUGUCUCCGAAACAAAUAUUGCGCAAUCCGAUAUUUAUUUUUGUAAUUAAUAUAAUAUUGUGUAUUAAGUUUUAUGUAACCAUUGGGUUGUUGCUGCGCGACAAUACAAAUUAAUAAUAAUAUAGGAUAUAUAGAUAGGUACUUAAUACGUCUGAUAAAUCUUCGCUAGGUGAUAGUACGGUAAUCGUGUACAUAUACGUAAAUGUAUGGAGGUUUUCACCAAAUAAUUGGUUAGGCUCUAAAAAAGGUUUUACGUCGAUUUGCAGACCAUUCAGUGAAAACUAGAGUUUUCGUAUACUGAUUAGGAGUUUGCAUUAUUCUGUACUGGUUUAUUAGAAAAUUUAAUAGUUCAAAAUAUCGGUUUAUGGCGGUCAAUUUUUCAAUUUAUAUUACAUCAAUUUCAUUAUAUAUUUAUGUUGUUUAUAGGUGCUUUAAAAGUGAAACUUUUUUCUCGCAUCCUUCGCUGUUUUUCAUUUUUCAAAUGAUAUUUUAUCGUUAAAAAGACAUAUAAUUACGUUUCCUAAUCAUUCAUUAUUGUAAAACACAAUUUUUUUUAACGUGUGCCGUUUUCUAAUACAGUAGUUUUUGUUUUAUUUAUUUUUCUUUUACAUUUUUAGGUCGUCAUAAUAUAAUAUUCCGGUCUCUUAGUUGCAGUUAUAUUAGUAUAACCUACAGAACGAGUAUAUGUAUUAGAAAAAUGCUCUAUGCUGCUUUCAAUAAACGAUAGGUACAAUAAUUAUUAUUACAGCAUCAUUAUGAAAAGGUAGUUCAUCUCUCGGCCAACGAGUUUAUCGACUCGCGAUUACUGGAAUAAUACUAUUUAUUAUAAUAUAAUGUUACGAAGACUAGCGAAGUGCACGUGCGCGCGCACGAACUCGCGUAUUCGGGUCGGUCCGUUGCGACACGAGACACCACACCACAUGACACGGCCAAUAAAGUGAGAGGUGUCACGAAAUAAUCCCAAAUGUACGCCAAAAUAAUAAUAACAAUAAUAUUAAAUUUACCGACUACGUCGUACGUGAAACGAUUUGUUUUCCAAAAAUUAUUCCGUAUAAUACAUUAUACGUUCCUAUAAAUUCAUCCAUGAUGACACCGCGGCGAUGGCGCCGGAUACUGUUCCUUUUUCUGAUGGGAGACCUAUUAUUACUCACUACGUUAAAAAGACGAUUGAGCGGCAGGUGUGAUGGAUUUGUUAUCAUUUUUUUUUGUUUACGCCGAUUACGUUUUAUAUAAUAUUAUAUUCGAUAACAUCAGCUGUGACAGUUCUACCGCAAACACCGAUUAUGUUCUUUUAGUAUUUUACGGUGUCAUCGUUGUGGAUGACACGCCGUCGCUGAUGCCGUCACAAAACAUUUAGGAACAAAAUAUUAUUACGGAUUAUGAUAAUCUGCGGAUUUUUUUUUUUUUUAGCAAACAACUAUCCGCCAUGUACGUCUUACCCAUAAAAUGUAGUAUUAUGUUUUUGGACUAUAUAACUAUUAUUAUUAUCACUUUCCACUAUACAUAUUAUUAUAACUCUGGCCGUCUUAGAAUAAUAAUAAUAAAACAAUUUGUUGUUUAUGGUUCCCCGACGGCCGCACACAAUAUUAUAACUCGGCUGCACAUUAUUCGCAGUCUUAUACAAAAACACCAACCAGCUAAGUCAGAUGGCAAAACAACUAUACUAUUAUGUCUAUUAUAAUUGGUAAUGGUUUGUAUAUGUUCCAUGACCUGCGAAAUUUCUGCACGAUUUUUGAAUAAUUUUGUACCGAUAUUAGAAUGAAAUUUGUAAUAAUAGUAAAAAUUAAUUAAGCCUCUUUUCAAAAGUCGAUCACCUAUAUGUCGUAUUAAACACUAAUCAAAAUCGAUGAGCAAAUCUUCGGAUAAGGAAAAAUCAAUAGUUAUUUAGUAAUGUAAAGUUUCCGUUUUUUUUUUUUUUUAAUUUUAAAUAACAUAUUUAAUAAUUAUUUAAGCAUUUUUCUUAUCUGUUAGGUAAGUGAAAUUUACAGAAAGAUACAAUUCUCAAAAUAAUAAUAGAAAAACUAAAAUCGAAUAUUUCUUUAUAAUUUUACCAAUUCAAUUAAAUCAAUUCAUGGGUAAUCAAUUAUUAGUUUACUUGUUUGGAGAUAUGUUCAGCGAUUCGGAUGAUGGUGUAGUAGUACGGUAAUCGACAUUUGACUUUAUACUGACGCAGAUAUAAAUGGAUAAACGUGCAGUUAUUUUAAUGAUAGAAAAAAAGGGCUGCAAAAAUGUGCAGAGAUUUCGGUUAUAGCGAAUAAUUAAUUAACCUACUACAUAUAUCUAUAGGUAUUAAAAGUGAACAAUUAUUUUUUCAUUCUAUUUCUAAAUAAUAUAAUAUAAUUAUGACUUGUUAUUUAAUAAAAUAUUAUGUCAAUGCUCAGUAUCUUGUACCUAUAGUAGGUACCUACAUAUAAUACAAGCCGAUCAGGUUGUUGCAUAAAACAUAUUUGUAAUUCGGUCAACUUAAUGGAUACCGUUACCUACUUCGGUUUACACAUCGACCUUAUUAUUAUUAUUAUUAUUGUUAUCAUAUUAUAGACGCAGUUUGUCUUAUUUUAGAGUUUUCGAAAUACUUAAUUGUUAAUAGUAUAUAAAAUCGAAUACUCCAUCAUCGUAGUAAUGGUAUUUUUCAAUGUAUACUACUCAUAAAGGACUAAUAUUAUUUUGACUGCGGUGUUUUUCAUUCAUUAACUGAAUUUAUAAUUUAGAAAUAUUUUGAACUAUACACACUGUGUCCAUGUGUGAAAUCAGAAAUACAAAAGGAUUAUAAAAUAUUAUAAUGUUAAUAACUAAUAAAAUAUAAUCACUUACAUCAUUUUAACGUUAUUUAUUUUUUAAACAUUUUUUUAGACCACGAGCGAAUGGAACACUAGCAUUAUUUGUUCACUUAAAAAAUAACAGCUCAUAUACGUAGACGUUUAGAAAAAUGUAAUAAAAAAUCGUAAAUAAUCCGGAUAUUUAAAAGUCAAAUGUUGAUUAGAUUAUAAUAAACUAUAAGUAAAGUUAUCCAUGGCAUGGUAGUUUUCAAAAUUAUAUCAGAUAGAUAAAUAAAUAAAUAAAAUACGAACGUGCGUAGAAAAAUCUCGUUACCCAUAUUAUGAUGUAUAAUAAUAACAAAAAAGUUUUAUAGGUAUGCGUGAUGCUGUCUAUUUUAUUAACAACUCUAAUAUAAAAUGAUCUUAUCGUCAAGCUCAUACGUCACCAACCGAAACGUAUAAUUUAGCAAGGUUGCAAUGUUCAUUGUAGUUAUCAGCCAAUGUCGAUCUUUUUAGGUAUUAAAAAUAAUUUAUUUUACGAAAUAUUUACGACGGAAAACCAAUGAUUUUUAGACUUUUUCCAAUUAGAAGUAUCGUUUUUCCAAAUAUAUGUACAAUGCAUACAUACGAAUAUAUUACAUUGAAAUGCAAUUCAAAACUCCAAUGCACAUUGCAGCAAUCUUACACAUAUCAAUAAUAAUUUAAAACUAUGUAAAAACUUGCGAUUUUCAUGUAGAAUAUUAUAAUACAUAUUAUGAAUAUAUUAAUUGAUUUUUAUUAUAUUCGUUUUAAACCGUUUGAGAAGGAAAAAAUAGACUGCUGACAUACCUGUUAUAAAAAAAAAAAAAACAUAUUCAUUUGGAUUUCUUUUGAAGUUUAUAUACCUACCUAUAAACGUAUACGAGACGUGUUUUAUUUAUAAUACAAUGAAUAAUUAUUCUUCCUGCUCGUGGAUUUUUACAAACUGUUAACAACAUUGUUAACAUGUUAACAUUUGCAAUUCAAAAGCCUUAAUAAGUAGUUCAGUCGGUUUUGAUUUUUAUAUAUUUUAAGGUCAUGCACCGGUUUUGUUUCCUGAAUAUAUACGUGUUUUACAGGAAAAACUCUUGUGCCUCAUAAAUUUAUCCGAUCUCAUUAUUUUAUUUCUGUUUGAAAAAAUUAAUCUUUUUAAAAGACUCUGAAUUGGACUACAAUCUUGAUUUUGUAACUAAAAACCCACAAAAACAUAUAAGUUAAGAAAAUAAAAAAAUACUAAUAAUAGAAAUGGUGAUAAAUUCCCCAUAUUCGAAUUAUAAGCCUUUAGAAAUAUAAUUUUCAAAACUAAAGUCUGCAAGUACAUCUUUUUUCAACAAUGAAAAAAAUAUGAUCGAAUAACAAAAUAGCAAUUAAUUGGAAAAUAAAUUACUUUGUUUUUCAUAAACUCUUUAUAUGUAUAAUAUAACAAUUAAUAAUAUUUGCGACGAGCUUGAAAUGGUAUUUUUAACAUUAUUUAAUGAUCGUUUUGUAUUUUUAAAUGAACAUUGAAAAUACAAACAAUGGGUAUGUACAAGAAUCUUUUAAUUUGAUAAUAUUUGUUUAAGAAUGACGACUGAGAAAUUUUUAUUUUGUAAUGUCUUCACGUAAUAUUUCUUAAUAGAGGCAGUGAUUUUUAUUCAUUAUUCCAAAACAUAAUAAUAUGACGGCAUUUAAAAAAUAUAUACCUUCACUAUAAUAUUAUUUUUAUGAAUAUCUACGAGUGGAUAGACCUAGGUACCUAUAUGCGUCUUCAUGGGUGACUAAUAAAAAAAAAUCCAUACAGAUUUAACAACACGUUUCUUUAUAGGUACUUUAAAUGUUUAUUUCCUAUAUUGAAUUCAUCGUAUACCAUCAAGCGAUGAAUUUUUUCAUUAUUAUUACAAUAGAUAUUGUUUUAAGUACUUACAUCUUACAUAGAAGAUUCUUUUUUUAUUAAAUAUCUGCUAAUGAAUUCAUUACGAAUAUUAAACCUGCGUAUAUAUUAUUGAUGAUUAAGUAAAAUAUUACAAUAUUAUCAGUGACGUGCCCAGGAAUUUUUAAUGGGAUAAGAUUUAGUUAUUAAUAAGCAUGAUCCAUGAAUAAACUGUAGAAUCUUCUACUGUUAUACUAAACCUGACAGUGAGAAUUUAAAAGCCGAAUUCAAAGAAGCCAAUUUGUAUUCGAUAAAUCGAGUUUUUUCCCUAGUUAUUUGGCUAAAAUAUAAAAUUGCAUGAUAGAAUUACUAACACGUUCAUAGUUGUUAUAUUUUGAAGCACGUGAAGAGGAUAUAGCUUCUAACCUCUACCUCCCCUCCCUUCUACGUGCGCCAAUGACUAUUAUAUAUAUAUAUAUAUCUAAUAAUUUAUUAAAAUAUUGUCAAAUAUUUUAAAAUAUGAAUUAAUAAAUUAAUUAAAAUAAAUUAUCUCCAGUAGGCAGGCAUCUACGUUGUAUACUUACACAUUGUUUCAUACUAGAACUUUCAAGGUCUUCCAUUUAUUAUUUAUUUAUUAUUCGCAUUCGAAUUAGAUAUGUUGAGUUAACUACCUAAAUACUAAAAAAAAUAUAUAUAUAUUGGUACAACACUACCGGCACGUAGAGUAUUAUUUAAUCGCAGAAAUGAAUCAUUUAUUUAAAUGUUAUGGAUAUAAUAAUAAUAAUAAUUCAGGGCCGGAUUGGGUCGGCGUGCGAUCGAGCGAAACUUGAUGGGCCGCUACUUUAUUAUUGAAUUGGGCCGUUGCUAUUAUAGUUUUAACUAAUGGUUUUAAUAGUGGAAAAAUGUUUAUAUUCUAUGAGAAUGAACGCCAAAUGGUUUAUGAUGAAUGAUUGAUCAAAUAAUUCAAUGGUUGAGUGAUUGGUCAAAGAUUGAUCACUGUGUUACUUUGGUCGUUUAAUAGAUUUGACUAUUAUUGAUAAUAAUUAUUACAUAGUUCUUAUAUUUAUUAUAGUUUCUAUAAUAAGUGACUACUGAUUACAUAAUUUCAUAAUUAACGUACAUACUAUUAUAGAUAAUAAGAGAUAAUAAAAAUCAACAUUAUCAUAAUUCAACUUUUUAAAUUUAAAUUCGAUUUUUUUUGUUAAAUAUUAAUUACUGGUGUCUGAUGCUAAUAAUCGUUUGACGUUUAUAGUAAAUUUGAAGUUUAUUAACUCCAAUAGAUAAUUCACUUGUUAAAGGUGGAGCGGCAAAAGCUCGCCUCAAACGAGUCUUACAACUAAAAGCAGCAGAUAAUGACCCAAAGAAAAAGAACCUUUAUUUCGCAAAUAAAUAUUCUAUAUAAAUAAAUAUAUUGAUGAAUAUAGAGAAAGACAUUUUAGCUAAUGUAAAAACAAAAAAAUUAUAAAAUUAAUCACCAAGUAAAAGUAAAAGUGAUUUAAUAAAAAAAAAAUUUGAUUGGUUGAAAUAAUUAUGAAGACGUAUCAUUUUGAUUUCUGAGUAAAAAUAAUUAAUACUACUUCUUUAAUUUAUAUGUUUAUCAGUAAAUAAUAUAAAAAGUGUAGUAAUAACUACGUUUUUUUAAAUAAAUUUUGAACUAAAUCAUUGUUGUUUAAUUUUUGAUUACCUAAUUUUACUAAUCACAUUUAUUACAAACUUGAUGUCUAUAAUAUAGUACUAUUGACCUAUUAUUUCUACCUUUUAAAAAUGUAUGGCGAGAGGGUAUUUUUUAUUUAUGGUCUAAUAAAUAUUUGUAUCAAUUCUAAAUAAUCAAUCAACUAAACAAGUAGGUAACUUUGUUUUUUUUUUUUUUUUUUUGGGGGGGGGGGGUUAUUUAGUCUUCAGACCGGUUUAAUGUGGAGACCGGUUGACUGUAAUUACCCAAUCCCAAGCCUGAUAAUAAAUUAUAAUAAUUUCUAUGUAAUUUUUUUUUUUUAAAUUUUAAUUAAUUAAACGAGGUGGACAAUUACAUAUUUACAAAAGAAAAAAAAGAUUUUACAACGAUAGAGAAAAUAACAGAUUACACAAUUUUAUUUCCGCGUUUAUAAUGGAUCACAGUAUCUAAUUUAACUUACAAUACACACAUGAUUUAAGCUUUUAUUUCGGAGUACUUUGUGUAUUCUCGAAUUUAACGCAGAACGAUCAAUUAAAAUUUUUUUUUUAAAAAUUCAUAUUAUACUGGAUAAACGAUAUUAUAUUGGUUUUAAUAAGAUUACAGUUUUUUUCUUUCCUAACUGUAAACAAGUUUUUGAUUGAAAUACUCGCUCCGAUCAUCAACAUCAGUGAUGUUUACCUGUUGAUACCGAUAUCAAAAAUGCAUCAGCAUAAAAGUUGUUUUAUAUGUAAAUAUAAAAGAGUAAACCGAUGUUGCAAUAUAUAUUUUUUUUAUAAACGAUCGUAAGUUCCAAGACGAUCGAAUUACCAAGAUUUCGCAUAUUAGGCGGCAGGCAUUUCCCGUACUUUUGGUGACACGGUUUGUUUUUGGGUCCGUACAAAUUGUUAGAAUAUCGGUACAAUAAGGUUCAUCGUAUUAUAUUGUAUAGUUUUGGUUAAAACAAGAGAAAAAGUCGAGUUUUUUUUUUUUUAUGGAUUUCGAUCAAUAGUGUUAUAAUCUAUGUAUUCGGGCCACGCGGCCCGCCCCGGAGUUUAAUAUUUAAUAAUUUGAGUUUUGACUGCCUGUAAUAUUUAGUAUAAAGAAAUGCAAAGAUUAUUAUUAUUAUUAUAGGCAUAAAAUAUUACCGGUUCGGACGCUUUUUUUCGUCAGCGAGUGUCUUUGUGUGUGUGUGUGUGUGUGUGUGUGUGUGUGUGUGUGUGUGUGUGCGCGCGCGAUUGUAUACAGGGUAAUCAGACACUCGUAACCUCGGAAGGUAUUAACUUUUUCGAAAUUAGUUUUAUAGAACAUUUAAUAAACAAGUGGCAUUAAAAUUUUACAGGUACCAUUUUUUGUCGUCCUUAUUUUUAAAGGUGAAACCGCUACCCAAUUUUCAUUUUCAAAUAGUAAUCUGUAUUAAAAAUUCCAUGAACAGAUUAAGUUUCGUUUGAAUAAUACACUACUCUUCUUAUAUAGCCCACAAAACGGUAAACUUUAGAGUGGAAUAUCUCAUCAACUGACGAAAAUUGAAAACGUCAACGUCAAAAUUUGCUUAAACUUAAACUUCAACAAUCUAUCGACAUUUUUUAUUUAUAUAAUGGGUCGUUAUUUGAAAAGUGUGCACAGUGAUUUCGGCUCCGAAAAUAUGGGCGGCAAAAAAUAACGGUAAUAUUAUGUGGGGUACACUGUAUAAAUGCCCCUUGUUUCUUAAAUGUUCCAAAAAUACCAACAAAUAUUUAACACUUUCCGAGUACCUGCUAUCUUUCGGUGUGCCGGUCAUUCUGUAUACAGUAUAAUACAGACUGGGGGUCACCAUCGCAUCGUAAUAAAAUAAUCAUAUUAUGUUUGUAGUGUAUAUGGAAAAACGGUGUAGUGCGGUGGCCCACACUAUAUUUAUAGUUAUGUAUACACAAUAUUAUUGAGUGUCGUGUGUUAUUCCGACGAAGAACGGAAGAGAAAAAAAAAAAUAAUGGUGGGGUCCAUCGAGGAAGGCGCAUAUUGUGGUCGAUGGCACCGCCGUCGUUGCCGUUCUUUCCCGAUCGCUAAAGUAAUACUUAGUUACCUAUUGUCGUCGGCCGCGGUCCGUUCCCGGUGCGUUUUUUUUUUUGUUUUCGUAUAACGCCGUUAGUAUUUUCUCGCGUUGGUGCGCCGAUUAUUAUUGUAUCGCAUAAUAUUCCCCCUCCCCCGCCCCGGGCGAUUUUACGUCGUUAUCACGGAUAUAUAAUAUUGUACAUCUAGAAUUUUUUUUUUCUUCUAAUAAUAUUAUCCAUACGUGUUCCGGAAAACGUGAAAAAUGUGCAUUCCGAGUUCGCCGAACCAUUAGUACGCCGCCGGUCUCCGAGAGACGACACAGUAUUAUACCGGACUCCACGCCGCGAUCCGCUGCAGCGACUGGAUCGCGCGACAUCGUUUCUCAAAGUUUGUAUAUUUUAACAUUCCCGCGAUUAAGCGUGUCAUACUAUACCGACCCGUUACAAUGUAUUACAAUAGUCAGCGUAGUGACGAUUGUUAGACGUGUACGCAUCUAUUAAGUGUACACCAGGUCCAAUAGCCCGCUAAUCUGUGUACCGCGAUUCCGUGCCGGUUCCACGUCUAAAACGAAAAUAUCUCCGUUAGCAAUUUGUUAGAAGAGCGCCGAAUUCAGGCCGAAACCGGUGCCGAAUAUAGGACGUACAGAAAAACGUACGUAUAAAACUUGCCUGCGCAUCGCAUUAUACCGUGACAGUUUUCUUUUCCCCGCGAUUUAUUUUCCCUACCCGACGAUAAUGCAUACCACAGCCAGUAAAGGGGCUUAAACUUUUACGGUUAUAUACGCGCAAAACUAUGUCGCCAUUCGAGUUGAUCGAGUUUCGGGGGGGGGGGUUAUUUUUUUCAAAAAUUGUCUUGUUUACUCGAUUAACAAUGGUUAACGUGGGAACAACUUCGAAUGGGGACUGUACAUACCGAAAAUUGAGAGGCCGUCCCGAGAACCAACCAAACCCAACAAAACUUUCGGGAAACCCAUCGUACAAUUUCUAAAAUGUUUUUCUCUUAUACACAUUUAAAAAUACAAAUUUAUCAUAACUAUUUUAACAGUAUUUUUCAUACGCGUGUGCAUUGUGUGUAGGAAACCUGUAUUUUGUUUUCCCCGUUAAUUAUGAAAUACACGGAUAAAACGUUUUAAAAGCCGAUCGGGGUUUUUUUCGAGUGUGCUAAAGACCGCUUUAGCACCCCCCCCCCUGGUCGCACCAGUGAUCUCAAUACGCAUAGUUUGAUAUUCCCAGGUACCCGUUAAAGAAUUCGAUUUUUGUUAAAAUUGCAUUGAAAAAUGUCUCGGCGACAAUACACGGUGAAGUUUCCCACACCGGAGAUCUCGGAGACUUGAACUAAAGGAAAACGAUCGUUUGGCUUCGAACAAAACGUAACACUCCAUCCCGCCACCCCCUUUCACGCUUUAAACACCGAUUCGAUUAAGUAUGACGUACACUAUUUUUAUUAUACUACGUAUAUGUCCGUGCAGCGUUCGUUGCACAACCGAAACGUACCUGUAUGCAUGUUCGGUUAGCGGUACUAUUAUUUACGCGGUCCGAGCGCAGCGCGCGAUUUUCGUUGUGUUUUUCAACAAACGUUUUCGGCAUUCUCCGAACGCCUAGCACGAGUACGGUGUCGCGGCGUACCCCGUCUCGCCGUCGUCGGCGACACGCGUUCGUAGCCCAAAUAUAUUUAUUCGAAUCGUAAGCCGAAUCGCUGGCGGUCAGCGUGCGUUUUCGCGUCGUGGGACUCGCGUAAAAUAACGGCGCGCGCGGAAUAUCAUGUGAAAAAAAAAAAAUACCACGAGAAAAAAAAUAACUCUAAUAAAACUCGACAGGCGAAAAAAUUCACGGCGGCGGCUAGCGGUUUAAUGACGCGUCCCGGGGUUUCCCCGCGUCAUCGGUCCGCGGCGCGGAACCGGUUCGAAAACGUUAUUGACCCGCUAUAGUGCCUAUAAUGAUAAUAAUAAAAAUAUCGCAUACCGCCGCGGCGGUCAUAAUGGUAAUAAUAUACGAUCCCGAUUUCGAAUUAUUGUGCGCGGCACAUUAUAAUACGCGUACUCGACAUCAUUAUCGUUGUGUUUAACGCGCGUGUUCCCGCGCCCGGCGGUAAUAAUACAGCCCGAGCAUUAAACACCGCGCGCGGUAAUAAACGUCGGGUGUGCGACGAGCGGUCCGGCCGAACGUCAGGUAACCGAGCGAGGAGGCGGUGUGUCUGCCGUGCGUUUUCGGUUUUGGCGAUAUUUCCGAAUUGAAAACGACGCACGAAAACACCGACGACAAUCGUAAAACGUAAAAAUCCGAUUUUUACGGGCGCGCGCGCCCGUUCCGCACAGUAAUCGCGCGUCGCCGUUCCCGAAACAAGGUCGUCGACGCGUAUGCGCACAGGUACGUUACAGGUACAUUAUGUGUACGUAUAUAACAUGCGAAAUCGUUACAAAAUCGCGAUCGAGGGGAUAAGAACGAAAAAAAACAAAAAAAAAAAAAACGCGCGUAGGUACACGAUACGAUAAUAUUAUUAUUACGCGUUAUUAUCACAAUAAAACGCGCAGGUACACGCGCGUGCGUUGAUAAACGAGAUAGUUUGGUAGGUGGGGAUAAUGUCCGAUUGGAUCGCCGUAGCGGAGGCAUUUUCGUAUCUUUUCCGUUUCGUUUUUCGCGGGUGCUGCGGCCGACCCGUAAACCCGCAGCGAUAUUCUGGAAUGCGAUUUGAUUUUUUUUUUUCGCCCCGUUUUCACGGUUAACUCGUGCGAAUUUUCGGAAUUUUUAUGAUCAGGCGGUAUUUUCGAAUACGUUGGUUUUUCACGACGUAUAAGGACUAUCCACGCGGCGAUACCAAACUCCGUUUUUCGAACAAGAACAUUCACGUUUCAAUCCGAUCGCUCCGAGUGUCAUUAUCCUUAGUAUUGAAGUAGGAUAACUCAGUAACUUUUCGUUCAAAUUUCGAUUAUAAUAAGUAAAUAUUUUCAGAAAAAAAUCAUUUGGUUAAAAAUUUGCAUUAAACUACGUAAAAUAAUCAUUUGAAACACCAAAGUUGAUAUCGUUACAGGAUAUCCCAUAAUUUUGUGAUAAAUCUGAGUAGGUACGCGAAAAUAAUUGGCUUUCACUACAUUAAGAAAUUUCAAAAAUCAGAAUUUGAAUUUAUGUAUAAUUUAACCGUAAACAUUUUUAAAAAAAUUCCACUCUGUAUAGUAUAGUCUUAAUACGAGCAUUGCAUGUCAUUGAAUUUUGUCCACAUCGAUUUGGCUAACGACUUCAGUACCUAUAAAAAAAUAAUAAUAAUAAUAAAAGUCCAUUCGGUAUUUUUUUUUUUUCUAUUUGUUUUGGAGGAGGGAGUUCCGUACCCAGGGGAGGCUAAAAAGGUUUCAGCCCCCAUCUCAUCGACCGUGUUAAAAUACAAACAGUUAUUAUAAGCUAUAAUAUCCAAGAAGAUAGAUGGACGCUUCCUGUAUUCAAAUUAUGAGAUAAUAGUUCGGUGCUAAUGCUUAUAAAUUUAAAAUUUUAUAUCAGUUGUAUUAAACACGUUUUCCUAUCAGUUUUUGACCAGAAAAUUUGUUGCUCCAAUGAUUUUUCUUUGUGAAACCAGAGAAUAAUAUCGGAUAUAUGUGAAUAUUGCAGUUUUUGUUUUCGAUUUUUUUUACUUUCCGUACCUAGUAAUUUGACGAAAAAUAAUCGUAAAGAUUUGAAAUUUGUAUUAAAUAUCUAAUUACGUAUAUUAGUAAAAUUUUCAAAAUAUUUUGGAAUUGUUUCAGUUAUAGUUUAGAUUCUAAUAGUUUAUAGCUAUUUGGAAUUUUCCCAAACUUGUUUGGUUUAAUUGUGGUUUAAUUGUGUAAUUUGGUUGAUCCGUAUAAAUGCUAAAGAAUUUGAAACGAGGUAUAUCAUAGUUUCUAGGUAGGUAUACUAGAGGUAAAACAAAAAGUUAAGCGUUAUGUCGUAAUUUAUUUUUAUAUAUGUUUUGACUUCAAAUGUAUGAUACAAUUUGUAAAAAAGAAAUUAAGAACAAUUUCAGUUUAAUUCGUAGUUAAUAAUUAAUGAAAUAUAAAUGUGUCAAUCUAAAUUCUAAAUGCGGCCGUCGUAUUCUCUAUGACUGUAGGCCGGAUUUUACAAAGUUCACCUCGCUAAUUACACAUUAAAAAGUACAAAUAAUUGAAUUACAAAAGGGCAUACAAAUAUAAAGACUUGUAAAAUAACUUCAAGAUAAAAACUUUUUAUAGUAAAUUUAACUAUAUUUUACUUGAAAUUAUUUUAAUAUGUAUCUACAUUUAAUUUAAUGUGUUUCGCCCCUUUUCCCGUAGGAAAAUGCUGCGUACGUCACUGAAGAGGGUAGGGGGAGACCCUAGUUUCGAUGUGAAAUGGCCAGCGCCACAGAACUCUAAUAAUUCUAGUAAAAAUAUUAAUCAUCUCGACCGUCUUGAUGAUGCGGUUUCCUGUAACGGUUUAUGGUGUGCACGGUUAUCGUUACAACGUUUCGCGUGGAAUUUUCCGGAUGCCGCCGGAUAACCGCCGUUAACCGACCUCCGCGCGCAGUGGGAAAAAACAAUAUAUUUUUUCAUACGGUAUUCGAUUUUUUACGUCAACGAGUUACAUGCGUGUUCAAAGCCGUCAGAAAAAAACAAAAAAAAAACACGCAAUCUCUUUACGCGGCCGUUUUUCCCGAAGAAUAUUUUCGCACUAUUGUGCGCAGCACCGUCGGAUAGUAGUGGUGGUUAGGUAUAUCGGGCGCAUGCCUCGUUUCGUAUCUGUCUACGUGAUAAUAUUUUCUCCCCGACACGGCGGGAACCGGCCGCGGAGUAAUUCGGAAAAAGCGAACGCGCGGGCGACGGCCGUAAUAAUUAACACGGCGCGCGCGGCUUUUUGGGCCGGGGCACAAUGAAUACAAACGAGUUUUAAUAACGAAACAUACGUUCGCGUUCCGCAUUGUCAAGGUUGUACGGCGCUGUAAAGGGUACGGGCGCGACGUUACAUUAUGAAUGGAGACGGCGAACGGUUUUUUUUUUUUUCCCCCUCGGCACACGCGCGCGCGCGCGCGCCCUGUAAACAAUGGAAAAUGGCACAGAUACUCGUAGAAAUACUGCGGCGGCGCUCGGAACCCGUAGGUUAUUGUCGGUCGGACGACGGCAAAUGUGCACGGGCGUUUUCAGCGGCCCGCGGGACAUUCUGUUCGGGUCGCUGUUUCCGUACCGCCGCCGCUACCCACAGUGCCCGUCUCGUGAACCGCGCCGUAACGAUAUCGUUGACGCGCGCCGGUUAUCGUUUCGGACCCCGCGCCGUGCUCUACGGCCCCGGGACGCGGUGGUCGCGCCGACCGUCCCCGGUCCGUCCGCCCGAUUUCGGCCGGAUCUCGGAACGCGAUCCACGCGCCGCCGGCGACCGCGAUCUGUUUGUCGUCCGCCACGUAUUAUCGCGGUCCGGGGCAUUAUUCGAUGCGCCGUGCACGCGGACCGCGGCGACUCGUUAACGGCCUAAUUGUUUCUGCGUCGACGACGCGCGGUAUUGUCGCGAUUUCGCGCGGGAACGUCGUCAGUUUUCGUAUUUCUAUGCCGUGCACACCGUUCCCGGGUUUGCGAGCGAAAAUCCGAAAAGCGUAUUUAGUUUGUAAAUUAUUUUGUUUUGUUUUUUUUUUUUUUUUCGCCAACCGUUCGUCGCUCUAUUCGGCGCCAAACCGUGUACGGGCAGCAGCAAUUAAAUACCGGCAGCCGGCCGUCACGUAGUCGAUCGGUUAAAAACUCGUUAAGACGUACAAUUUUCGGUCGGAAUUUUCCGUUUGGAAAUAAUAAUGUAGUAAAUUACAACCGUCGUCGAUUAACCGAAUCACUUGCUAUGCGUUUAUAAUGCCUACGCGACGGGUAGGCAUAUUAUAACGACGAUAAUACACUGGCGCGUUUGUCCCUCCUCCCCCCCCCAUCCACACGCUGUACCUCGUUCUCCCUUCCCCCGCGGCGCGCAUUCGUUUUAUAAGUCGGCCUUUUUCGGGCCGUUAGACUCGGUCGAGGUCGAGGGGAAAAUUAAUAGAUUCAUUACGAAACGACGAUAUUAUUACAAGGUGCGAUAAUAUUUCAAAAAAUACAACGUUGUUUAUGUAUAAGGUCGUUCCCCGAAAGUCCCGGCACGUAUCGUAAUCCGUACCCGCCCCCGACAGCGUGAUGCGGUCGGCGCGCGUCUCGCGUGUACGGGCAGCACCCGUCUCGGGCGGCGUUUCGAACGGCGGUUUCCGACGACCGGAUUUCGGUGUUAUGCAUUACCAUGUGUGUCGUUAUUAGUUUUGCCGGCAAAACCGAAUGCAUAAUAGUAAUAAUAAUAAUAAAAAAAAAACCCCGCAAAGUCGACGCGAACGAUUUCGAAACAUUGCGCGCGCACGCGGCCGCCGGGCAUAAUAACAAAAUCGCAUUCUCGUUGCGAGACGAUAGCCGCCGCCGCUCGGUGUUUCCGGAUCGGGCGCGUUCAACAUUCUCUUUGCCGCGGAUUAGGUAACCGGGCGUAAUCGGUGUGGCCCGUAAUCCGCGCAAAAACGCACGCACGCACGCACGCACGCACGCACAAUAUUUCCGAUCGAUACGGCCGCGAAACUCCACCGCGAGACACAACCGUGACAGUUUUUACCCGCCGAAUACGUCCGUUUGUGUCGUCGAUCGUCGUGUCCACUGUGCGGUUGAGGCGGUUCCCGCAGCCCGCCAAGCCGGAACAUUAUCAAAAGCGGUUCCGCGCCCUCCGGUGGCUGUCUGUUCCGUUAUCAGCCACAUGCCUGUGCACGCGAGUGCAUACGGCGCAUACGGCGCUACAACACCGUACACCGGCACGGCGUAUUCGACAUUACGGACUGUCCAAAUCCAAUCGACACGCGGACUCCGUGAUCCCGGCAAGACAGUACCGAGAGCGAAAUUCACCGACCGAUGGACGCGCGCCGCCACGCGAAUACUGGCCCAUAGCUCUCGCGCCGUGCGUCCUCGUACUAGAAGAACCUAUUCGUGUGUUCACGAUACACGGUGUCGGGGGGCUUCGGUAGGUUCGGUACCGAACCGCUGCGGUCGGCACAACGGCGGGUCCGCCGUCGAUUUGCGAUCGUCGGCCUGACCGUGGGGCGCGACUUAGGGGAUUGGACCGCGGGCGUUCGCGUUUUUUUCUCUCGAAACGUUCAUUAAGUACGAGUGUGCGAUUUCGUUUGCGAUUCCGCCGUAAAAAACUCUGACACAUAUGAAACCGCGUAUUGCGGUAAAUAAAGCGUUAUUAUUAUUAUUAUUUUUUUUUUUUAAUUUAACGAGGACGGUACGUCUUGCCAGGAGAUCCGCCCCUGAGCCGGUGGGCAUAGCCACUGAUUCGGUCGCCCGUCGACUUUGGCCACUGUAUUGUUGACGUCGUAUCGCGGGGCUGCCUCAUUAAAACGGAAAAUUUCUGUCGGUCAAAUCGGUUCUCUCAUCUCACCGCCAAGCGGCGUCACGAACUCUAUACAUUUGCGGUCAUACGUUUCCGGGAAUUUUAAUUAGAAUGAAUGCUUGCGUUUUUAUCUUUUUUUUUUUUUUUUUUUUUUUUUUUCGGGUAUAGGUAUUAUAUUAUAUGGUGUAAUUACAUCGAAACACCGUGGUACACAAUAUUGCAAUCAUGACGCGUGUUCAGGGCUGAAAAACCGAUUCGCAUUCCGACCGCGGAACGACACUCGUCAUCGAAACGUCCUAAGGUCAACGCAAUAAUAUUAUUGUACAUAUCGCAUUAUAUUAUAGCCUCUUCAAGGUAUACUGCCAAUGUAAUAAUGAUAAUAAUGAUGAUAAUAAUAAUAAUUUAAUCUCGCCGCGGCGUACAGUGUUAUAUAAAGUCACGUCGAAACGCUGACGAGACUUUUGAACGAUUAUUGUAAUAUUAUUGUACGAGCGUGUUGUAUAGGAAAUCUAUAUGUCCGUUAAUUACUGAAUUAUUAUAAACGGAAAAAAAAAAACAAGAAAAAAAAAAACUUUCGAACGUGACGGGUCGUGAAAACCGUCGAAUUAUUUAUUUAUUUACACGGAUCGACUGUUAAUAAUGUACACUCACGGUGUGAAUAUUAAAACGGCCCGCGUACAAGCGUCACGCGGAAACGAAUUGUCAACAGAUGUAGGUAUACACCUAACCUAACCCAUACGGUUUACUUACGUCGUAGGUACCCAUUCGAGUGGGCAAUAUUAUGGUUAAACACACUCGAUUGCGUAAAUAUUAAAUAAAUAAUAAAAAAAAAAUAUUAAAUUUUUUCUCAAGGUAAAAAACCGACACGAAAACGAUUGCCGCGUGCGCUCAGCCGCUGCCGCGUUGGCCCCGCGGACGGGACCGUAAUAACGAAGAAAUUACGGUUUGAGGUUAUCGUCGCCGUACGAUUAUUUUAAUGCGUCUUCAUGGUGUCCGACGGACGUGUAAGAAUAUUACGACGUUACGUAACGCGCGAUCCUUCCGACAAAGAGAAAGACUCUAAUUAUUAUUACAGGCCACCACCUAUAUCAUCACUCCUCGUCGUCCGCCCGCAAGCUUUCUUCACGGUACACGUAUCCGGUACACCGCAGUGUUGUGCAAUUCCCGAAAUUCCCGAGACAUUUCUGUGGGUGUUUUUCGUAAAUCUAACUUUACUACCUCAAUUUCGGCUUUUAUCAAAACAUGUCUAUAAUGUCGAAAAAGAUUGACAUUUAUCUCUUCGUCCAACCCACUCCCCUCCCCCCCCAAAAAAGAAAUUACCUCUUUAGUAGAUUUGAUAUUUGACAAGAAAAAUCUAUACCUAUUAUAUGAAGUUUUUUACAGUCCUAUGGCACAAAUAUUAAAAAACUUCAUCGCUCAGAAUCUAAUAAUUUCCAAUCUGUUUGGAUUUUUAACCGUUAACGAUCCUAACUCGGUAUCUUUUUCCGUUUCAUUCUCGUCCUACGGCUACCAUAAUACUGUCGUAGUCGUUCAGCUGGACGAUGUUUUCCUCUCGGUCAUCAGCUUGUUACUUACAUAAUAUUAUUGAGUAUAGUACGAAAUGUAACGAUAUUGAUUUUUCAUACGCGUCUAACAGUUUUCAAAGUCCAACAUUAUACCCGUAAUAUUAUUAUCCGGUCGAAUUACAAUUCAUUCGGCCAGUAUUAUUUUUUCGGUACCUAGGUAUAAUUUUAUUUAUAACGAAAAUGUCGACGUAAGGUCGUUGUGUCGUGUGACUUUGUAUAGCGCGGUCGAGACCGGAAAAGACGUUAAACCGCGGAGUAUAAAAAUUACAUUUUGGUAAAACAACACAGAUAAAAAAAAAAAAAAAAACUACUUGUUUCGCGCUUUCGUAAACGAUUGUUGGCGCACUUAAUAAUAUUAAUUGCGGCCGCGACUAUUAAGUAUCCAAACGACCCCGGGGCAUCGUCAUCGUCCGAUAUAACCUACCUAUAAUAAUAACAAUCAUUGUGCCCGUAUUAACUCGUCGUGACAAAUGAAUAAUAUUCAAAAUGACCACCGUUGUCGUCACGCACGAAAACGUUUUUCAUUUGCGAAAUAUGACAUCGGUCGUUUUCUUUUUGUUUUCUGAAUUUGCAAAGUAUUAAUAAGGAACGUUAGAAAUGAAAAAAUGGACAAAACUGCGGCAGAUAUACAUUCGCGCUACUCGGCGUUAUCGAUGAAAUGCCGUAUAUAUAUAUAAAAAAAAAAAAAAAACCGCCCCUUCAGAAUCCGAUUGUACUGUUAUUUCUGGAUCAAACGCGGUGUAUACGAUUAAUAAUGACUAAUAAUUGAGUAACAAUUAAUAACAUUACCGUUCGAUUUGUUUAUUUUCGCAGAGAAGGAAACGAAGAAUCCGGUGGCGGUAAGACAAUGAUAUCGUCCAGCGUGGGCAGUUCUCCGGACGUGGUGGCCAUGGAGCCCCGGAACGGCGGCGGCAGCGUCAGUGUGGGGCUCGCGGACGGCGGCGCCGGCGGCGGCAUCGUUAACCCCGCGUUCCAGCCGCCGUCUCUGCUCAGCCAACAGAGCACCGUGUGGACCCGUCGCCAGCAGGCCGUGUGCGUCCGGCACGCGUUCAAACACUACGGUUCCGCCAGCAAGCCCAACCACGUGCUCAGCAACCUCAACAUGACCGUCGCUAAAGGCACAAUGUCAGUAUACCGCACGUAUUACCCGCGGAUAGUUUAUUAAUAAUUAACAAUAUACAUCGCAAACACGGCUGGGCCAUAGAACCAGACGACAUGUUAUCGAGUAGGCGCGAGAAAAUAGAGCGUUCGGACCACAAACCUGUGGCCGCUGGGGGCAGUGUGCCACGUAUGAACGCACCCCUCUCUAUGGGUACCGCGCAGACGACACGAUAAGCGACAGAGAAAAAAUACGGUUUAGGCCAUGUCUCUCGGUCUGUAUCGUCUCGAUGGCCCACAGACAGGGCGGUGCUGAUGACUGAGGAGACGCUGUUUCAACAGUACUAUCAACGGGCUGGGUUUCAAAUUAACGAUUAUUUUUGUUACGCACAUAAUAUAAGCAUUUGCCUUGAAAUAACAAACAAUACUUUUGGACAAAAUUCAGGGGAGGGUGGGUAUAGUCUGACUAUCCAUUGGUUAAUAGUAAUUAAACUAUAAUUACAAUAAUACAAAAUAUUGUAAAAUGAUAUCAAAUUAUAUUCUUCUUCUGUUCUCCCGAACACCUAGAUCGUUCUAAAUAUACACUGCCAUGAUAACUCCCAUAACAUCUAAGCAGUCCUCAUAUAAUAUCACUUUUAAUUGCAUCUAUAAAUUUCCUUUUCGAAUUUCGUGUCCUCCCCUACUUCCGCAUCCACGCAUUAAUUUGUGCUUAUAGUCACUCUCUUAACAUGCACACGUUGGGCCGCCUAUGGCCUUUGCUAUCCCUUUAAAUUUUUCAUUCCUUAUUUCUUUAGCGAUGGAGUUUUUAUAAAGAAUUUAUUCAUCUCAAGCAUUUCAAUCUCUGAUAAACUAGUCUACCGUAUAUCGUCAGUCUUUCUACAGUUUUUUUUUCUUAAUAGUAUAGUUUUGUGAUUUAUCCUUAUUCCUUAUAAUAUAUUAUUAUAAACACCAAAUCAGCAUAACGCCCAGCCCGCGAUUCGUUAGGCGGCCGCGGCGGCACGACACCUUGAGCAAUACAACACUCUCUGCAUCGACACACAUUUUUAUUUUCUAUUUAUUUUUUUCGCACGGUACGUUACCACCCGUGACCACUGACCGCGUUAGGUUUUUCUCUUGCUCUUUCUCUCCCUCCUUUUAAUCAUUGUUUCUCGAAAACUAUUUACAUCCCCGGGAAAAAUCCCGCUGCCACGUGUUGGGGCUUUCACAUGCAAUAGUUAUUGGUAGUUUAAAUUAUUUAGUUGAAAAAUAGUUAAAUGUUUGAACACCGAAGAUACAGAUCACAAUAACUCAUUCUGAUCAUGGGAGCAACAAACAAAAUCAUUUAUUUUAGAUUCUAGGUAUUUUUUUUUCAAUAUUUUUUGAUAGUGAACAAUACACAUUACACCUGACAGAUCAGAAGUUUUCGAGAAUGCAGACAAAUUUUUUGAUUUUUGUUUCGCGAUAUUCUUUUUGAGGGUAACACAUUACAGUCACUAGCCAGGAUCGUCAUCACCAUUUAUGAUUAUCACUCUCCGGUCCUUGAAUAACCCCAUUUUUCAAAAUUAUUUCCACCAAGCUUUAAGGAUGAAAUGGUGUUUUAAAAAACACCAAUAAGUUCCAAGUGAUGGUUUGGUUUUUUCAUCACCAAAUAAAAUCUGUCAAAUUAAAUGAAAAAAUUGUACUGACUCGGAGAGAAAUUCUGAACUAGUUAACUAGUUAACUAGUGAACGGAUUUGUCAUCAACCGAACCAUUUCAAGUGGGUUGUCGAGUGAACAGUUUUUUGCGCUGUAAACUCUCACUUUCCCGAAUUUUUUUUCGAAUGUUCUUUUAUAGGAAAAUAUAAAUUAAUUCGAAAAAUAUACCAUCAGUGUGUGUCGAAUUUAGUAUUAUCACAAUUAGAUAAAUGUGUAUUCACAGAUGCAAAAUGUAAUCAUUAAUUUAACCUAUUUCCAAUAAAUUUAAUUUUUCAACUAUAUAUUCUAUAUAUUUUGUAGUGUGUUGAAUGAUAACAUAUUAUGACCUUUUAAUGAUUUACUAAUACAAAUUUAUUGUAUUGUGCAUUUCAGAUACGGGCUGUUAGGAGCCAGUGGUUGUGGAAAAACCACGUUGCUCAGUUGCAUUGUCGGACGGAGGCGUUUGAACACUGGGCAAAUAUUCGUGCUAGGCGGAAAACCAGGAACUAAAGGCAGUGGAGUGCCCGGAAAACGUGUUGGAUACAUGCCUCAGGUAAAAACGUGUUUCGCUAUUAAUAAAUUAGGUGAGAGUAAAAGGAACGAAUCGAAUCGAUGAUUUUGGCAGAGGUUAUAACCGCGGUCAUCAAAAUUAUAUUAUAAUUUGGGAUUUGAUUUUAUAUACGACCAACUUGAAAAUUAAAUAAUUAAAUAAUUAAUUACAGUGGAACCUCGAUAACUCGAACCUCUAUAAGUCGAAUUUUCGAUAACUCGAAGGAAUACCUUGGCCCCUGGCUUCCAAUAUAUGAUAUGUGUGUGAUAUGUAUAUGUUUUCCAUAAGUCGAAUUUUCGAUAACUCGAAUUUUUUUUUCGCCCCCAACCGAUUCGAGUUAUCGAGGUUCCACUGUAUAUUAUACAUAUUAUUAACUGGUUAUUUUCGUGUAACCAUAAUAGUAAAAGAAACAAAAUAAAUUUUAAAAUAUUUUACCGAUAUAUCGAUAUUGGCAUAAAUGUAGACUCUAGAUAGGUUGGUAAUAAUAUAUUUUGAUUAAUUAAAUACACCUAUAAUUAGAUUGAUUUUAGUACGGUUGUAGUACGUAUAGGAAAUAAGAUAAAAAUAAUAAUUUAAUUUCGAUAUUAAAUCUUGGAACAACUUUAUCCUCUGAUUUUUUAACAUAGAUUUAUAUUAUUACAAACACGUACAAUUUUAUUGGAAUAGAUAUAUACCUACUUACCAAUAAUUCUGUUAUCCGAAAUAUACCAAAAUAUAUUGCAAAAGUCGUUGAGGGUUAUUGGAUUAUUUUUAAAUUUAAUAAAUACCCGCCUACAAAAUAUUAUAGGGAAAACACCUACAUACUUAUUACAAAUUCGGAAAAAAAACGAGACGAUAUUAUUUGAAGAAUAACUUAUAAGUUUUUUAAAAUAGAGUUUUUGUUGAAUUUUCCCCAGAAACUGAGACUUUUGAGGAAUCUAGAUACUGUUGUGUCUGUUAUAAAUAAUAUUUUCCCUGCUACUAUUGGGCACUUUAGCGAUUGUCUUUGGACUAAAUGAGCUCAAAUUCAGUAAUUAGUCAAUAAAUUUCAAUAAUUAUAGUUUGUUUAUAAUCGGAUUGUAAUUGUAAUGAAAUUGAAGCAGCAAAACAAAAUUAGAUUAAUAAUCAUCAAAAAAACGGCAAUCAAAUAUUCGCUUUAGGGCGAAAAAUAUCUUACGACGUGUUUGAAUAUACGUACCCGUAAAUAUAAAUGUUAUUUCCACCUACCUAAUUCGUUCGCAUUAGUGUUCUUGUUUCGUUUCGAUUAUAUUAUUUUUAUUUCAUUGCCGAAAAUGUCGAAAAUUAAAAAAUCUAUGACAAAUCGUUUAAAAAGUUUCGUGUUGAAGUACAGUAUACGGAUAUAUUUAAAAACAGAUAGAACUAUUAUUUUUUGUAAGUUAUGUAGGAUUAAGAAACAGUGACGGAGAAUUUUUUGUGACUCGGUACAUUAGUAUUGAAAACCAUAAACGAGUAGUUAUCAGGAAAAAUGAAAAGAAUAAAAACACAAAAGUUCAACAGCUUACUAAUACUCCAAAAAAAAAGUUAAUUCUCGUAAGAUGUAUGUAAAGCUUUGUUGUCGGCAAACAUAUCGCUUCACAAAAUUAGUAAUCCUCAAUUGAAAUUAUUUAUGGAAAAGUAUAGAUACAGAGAAAUCCCUAGUGAACAUAUUAAUGAACAUUUUGUAUAAAAAACUAAAUUUAUAAGUGCAUAUUUUUGAAACAUAUUUGUACUUUUUUUAACGCACAAAUGCAUGCAUAUUUAGUACUUUUCAAGAACAUUAAGUUUCGAGCACUAGUCAUCAGCAACAGUUUGAAGAAAAAGAAAAUAAAAAAAAAGAGAAAAAGUUUUCUGUCCGUUUUCAUACAUUGUUGUAAAACACGUAUCGGAUACGAUAUUUUGAUAAUAAUUAAUAAUGGAUAAGACGUAUACGAGAACAAUAACUAAGUAUACCCACGUUUUUAAGUAAAAAAGUUUUGAGCAUAUGCAUUGUUAAAAAACCAAUAAGUGUGUGAUCAACUAGAUCACUGACUAUUAUAUCAACUAUGCAUUUUUUAAUAUUCGUGUGUUAAAUGACGACGUUCUAGGAUAAAAAAAAUGUGAUAACCGGAAAAACGUGAUGUUCUCUAUUCGCCGGUCGAUGAUUCGUGACGGCGGUAGUAUAAAAAUCCAAAACGUGUUAACUUGUUGGAGUUCCUGGGCGGAACCACGGAUUAUCAUAACCGACGCAAGUUUAAGAUUAUAAAAUAAAAUUCGUUUUUAAUUAUUACUAUCGUAAUUUUUAUUAUAAUUAUUUUUUUUUUUUUUUGUCUACGUUGUGUCCGCGACGCGAGACUUCUCGGCUACCGUUUGUUGACCUCUGCGCAGCUUCGGCUUCGACUGAACAGGAAAAUAUUAUUUACCUAUUCCCUAUACCAAUCAAUUUUUAUUAUUUUUCUGGUCCGAAAAAUCCGAUCGAAAUAAUAUUUUAUCUGCCGUCGCGACCGGUGACAAGGUCGAUCGUACUCGGAUGACGUAGGUUACAUAUUAUGUGUUUAUUUAUAUGGCCGGCGUGGAACCUUUUCAAGGCGUAAAACCGUAUGAUUUGAGGACGACGCCAAGGCUGCGCUCAACGUCGCGUUUUCGUGUACCUUCUCAUAGAUUCCGUAAUACACGCACUAUGAGUUUGAUGUUUUUUUUUUUAUUUUGACGCCUGCCUAAUAAUGCUGUUUUAUGGUUGUCGGCGGUUAAACUGAACAGAAAAUAGUUGUCUGUUAUCGCGGUAACAAACGCUCCAAAAACCGUAAUGGGAAUAAAACAAAAUACAAAUGUAGGUAAGAAGAAUGUCGUCAAUAAUAACUGCAGUCAUAUAAUAUUACUAUCGAACGCGUACGUUUAAAAGUAAUCUCUCGAACGUUUAGUUUAGUUUCUUUUUUUAUUAUAAUAUUGACGGUGGUCACACGUGGUUAUUUUCGAUAAGACCGCGAGACGCGUCGUUCGAGUCGCGAUUAUAACCGGUACAGGAGCCGGAUUUCAAUCCAGUGCACAUUUUUUCCCCUGAAUCAUCAGGAAAAUAAUAUAUUCUAAGUGCACAGUUCAAUUCGUGUAACCUAACCUAACCUAAUCCAAUGAUACUUCGAAAUUUUUAUUCGAUAUUUUGCUUUACCGGCUUGUCCAUUUUCGUUUAUUAUUUUUAUUUUUUUUCUAAGAGAGCAUGUUUAAGCCAUUUUUGAAAAUGAGAGUGAACAUUAUUAUGAUUUCCCGAACAUAGUCGAUUAUUAACUUUGGGGAGGAGGAGGGUAUACAAAAAGCUUAGAAUGUAUUUCCGCAUAUUAUUCGUUAAGCAUCAUACAUUUUACAAGUACGAAGGUCUAGCUGAACAAAAAACAUACUUCUUUGGAGUGUGUAUAAAAAAAAUUAUAGAAUUUUAAAUGGACCCUAAAUCUACGUAAUUUGUUGUACUCUAUUAUGGUAGGUAUAUUUAGGUCGUUAAGUGAUGAUUAAUUCACGCACUAUGUACGAAUGAGAUUUAAGUCUGUGCAAAUUGUUGUCGGUCUGCAACAUAUGCAGACUAGUAGAUAAAUUACUAGUAUUUAUAUACUACUAUAAUAUUAUAUAGUAGAUAUACUGGUCUUAAUCAGCACAACAGUCAUCGUGUCUCGGUAAAACCCACAAGAUAGGUAUUUGUGGUGAUCAACUUACAAAACAUAAAAAAAAAAAAGACGUCUUGUUAAUGUGAGUUUAUAAUUUGUGUCAGUGAAUUAUUUUCAUAUACCUAGUUAUGUGGGAGAAUGCAGUUUUAUCAAAAAAUAUUUAUUUUAUUAUUUCGGAGCAUCGUUGUCAAGAAUAAUAUUAUGGAAACCGACACAAUAUAAUAUUAUAUUAUAUUGUUAGGUACCUAUUUACUAUCGUGUUCGUGGAUCUCGAUUUUAGAAACAUAAAUAAAAUAAUAAAAUAUAGUUUAACGAGUUUCACAAUAGAAAUUUUCGGGAAUUUUCAAUGCAGGGGGUGGGAGUUCUAGAAAAAUAUUAAGUGAGGCUCUCUGCACACAACUUCCUAGUUACGAUAUGCAAUAUUGUUUUUAAUAAUUAUAAUGUAAAAAAUAAAAAUUAAACGACAUCUUUACUCAUAAAUUAGACAACAUUUUUUUUCAAAAAAUAUGGUAUUCUAGAAAUUUGCACUAAGGUUUUCGGUAGAAAAAUAUAAACUUUAACAUUUUUCCCGAUUAUUCUGAAAACUACUUUGGUUAACAAAUAACGACUUUUGAGAUACAUAAAAAAAAUGUACUAUACACUAAUUGUAUAUCUUAAAAAGGCCUACAAAAAAGUCCGCUGUGGUAUGACCUACAGUAAUCAUAAAUGUGAAAGUUUGUUUGGGUGGAUGUAUGUUACUCCUUCAUGUCAAAAAUUACUGAAUAAAUUCAGCUGAAAAUUUGCACGAAAUUUGAAUUAUUUAGUUCUAGAUCAUAAAUAACUUAUAGGCUACAUUUUUUCCCUUAAUCGUCCCUAAAGGAAGGUACGACACACAGGAUUAUUGGUAUUUUUGGUACAAAAAUCAUAUUAUUUUUAAUUAAUGGGUCACUUUGGUGAUAUGGAUGAAAUAAUAAAAUAAGUUAAAACAAAGUAAACAAAAAAAAGUUAGGGGCUGUUAUAGCUGUCGCGAGGACACCCGCAAUGAACAAUAGUUACUAUAGAAACUGAUUACAUAGUUCAUUGUUAAACAGUAUUUCUUUUGGCAUGGGAAACGCCGGGCGGGUAAACAAGUUAGUAUACAAAAACUGUGGUCAAAAAACUAUAGUCGUACUUUUUAAUUACGAUCUAAUAUUAUUGAUUAUUAAUUGAAUUAUCAUUUUAUCGAUCGACUUUUCGAGUUAUCUUUUUAAUUUAAACAAUUUGCCUACACCGUAUCCACGUGAAAAAAAAAAAAUAACACUUGAAUAAAAAACAAUCCAUAUUUAUACAUAAGAUGUUUAAAUCUAAAAAUUAGCUUUUUUCGAUUUUCGAAAUUCUUCAUAACAAAAUACGGACAUAGUAUUAAGAUUUUACAAUCAAUAUAAAAUCAUUGCUUUGGAGUUCAUGAUGUAUGGUGUAUGAAGAUUUAUUUUAUACAAACAUUAUUCUUUACAGUUUAUAAUUUUGAUAUAUAUAUACGGUUUUGUAUGUAAUAUUUGUCAGAUUGCUGUUUUCAUACACAACAGUUUAGUACACUUUUUACUUAUGAUUGAAGACAAAUUAACGGUUUAAAAUAAAAACCAUCAUAUGAGAUAUGUCAUUCGUGUAAUAAUAAGAAUGGUUUUUUAAUUUUAUAAAGUUAAAAAUAUCAUUAUCAUAUGUAUACCUAGCCUUAAAAAUUAAAAAAAAAAAUGAAUAGAACAUCGUUUACAUUUACAAAGCAACAUUAUUUGUUAUCAUUUAUUAUUAUCAUAAAUUAUCAGAUGAUUUUUUUUUUUAAUCUGUUAUUAGAACCACAGUAAUCGCAAUGUUGUUAUCUAUUUUAUCAACAACGAAUUAUAAAUAAGAAUAAAAAUAAUUAUAACAACUUUUUAUUUAUAUUGAAACGCGAUCGAAAUCAUAUUACGUUUGACAAUUGUGUAAUUAUUCUGAAAAUUGUGUUAUCUAUUGCUACGGAAUAUUAUUAUGUUUAAAUUUUAGGUAUACGCGUAUUCGAAUUACACAAACAUAAGUCGAAUUAAAAUAAUAUUAUUAUGGUUAUAAAGCACCACGACGUAUAUGAACGAUCACAUUAUAAUGUUUAAUAAAUUAAAUUCUUACACAAAUAACCACCGACCCAAAUGCAUAAUAAUAUGCAAAGUUUUAUUUUUUGAAUUUUUGUUCGCGAGAACGGUUGACGAAGCCGUUCUGAAACAUUCAUUAUAUAUUCUGAAAAAAAGAACAUAUUGUUCAGAUUUUAUAACGAGACGUAUUUUUUCGAGUACCCCGGGAUCGGCAUAAGCCGACAUCGUAUAUCGGUGGAUAUUGAGGAUAUCAAGGUUGGGGGCAGGUGAGGUUUCAAAAAACUUCUGAUUUUAUUGAAAUACGAACAAAAAGCAUUCGUAAUUCAACCGAUGAGUAUCUAUUCGGAUAAUAAUAUUUCAAUAACAGCCCGCGGUUUUCAGUUUUUCAAAUAUAAAAUCCGGGUAUCGCGGUUUUUUUCGCUUAUUUCGAUACCUAACUUCUUAUUAUUAUUUCUUUAAAUGCUUUAUGUUUAAUUUUUUUUUUGUUUUUCGAGCGUUUUUUUGUUGAUUCUAAAUGCCUUUAAGUCGUCGAUUAUAAAAUCACAAUGCGCAACGACGGUAAUUGUUCGAAUUAUUAUUAUUUUCGCGAUAAAAUAUUAGAUACCUACAUGUUAUACGUACUUACCCGUGUUUGUAUUUCAAAAUAAAUAAUAUUUUAGCGGCGUGUUUUAUUAUAUACCAGACAACCGCGUCGGGCUGUACUUCAAAAAAACAUAAUAAUAUGUAUAGGUAGGUACUUGUACAGUAUAUGAAUUCCCAUAUUUGCAGUUCCGCAAUGUUUUGAAAUUGUAGAACACGUAUUUCGAGUUAUUUUCAUUCGCACACACGUGCACUCAGUAUACACUUGUAAAACCGUCCGUGUCCAUAACACAUUCGCUGCGUAACACACAUAAUAUUAAAAAAAAAUAAUAGAAAAACUACAAUAAUUAAUCAAUUAUUUAUUUACCUGUUCGAACUCGAAGGUUUUUCAUCAAAUCAAUAUGAUUUAUCAGUCCAGUAUUAUUAUUGUUUUAUAUUUUUUUUGUGAUAAUUACAUUGCGAGAUUUUCAUUUUAGAUAUCCAUGGUAUACAAUAAAUACCUAACGCAUAUUAUUAAUUAUUAUUGGUUUUCGUGUAUUGGUUUUGGUAUUUUUUCCUAAUAUAAAUAUACAAAAAAUACACACUAUAUAUUUUGAUAUUACAAUGUCUUUAAGUAAAAAAAAAAUAAAAAUAAAAUAAUAAGAAUACAAAUAAAUACAGCUAUAGUUUCAAUGACAUGGUUUUUACAACGUAUUUGGUCAUGAUGAUUUUAUAACUUUAUUCUAAAAAAAAAAAACCCUUUUUUUUUCCAUAUUAUAUUUUAAGCUCUUCAAGGGAAUCUACGCGAAAAUUUUUUUGAAAAAAAAAAAAGGAAAUUAUGAAAAAAAAAAUAAAAGAUUAAUAAGUAAUUGUAGUUCUCAUAAAUAUUGCCUACAGUUUUUAGCGUUAUAUUUAACAAUAGAGUUAAUAAAACAAAACAUUUUACAUUUUAUUGUUUUAUUACGAGUUUAUAUAUUUAUAUAAUAAUACAAUUUAUAUUCGUCCUUAAAAAAAAAUUACGAAAAGCUACAACAAUAUAAUUAAAAUGGGUUUUUUGAUUCUGAGCGAAGCGAGAAGGGUAUUUGUUUUGUAGUGGUGGGUUUUUUUUCUGUCUGUAAACAAUUGUUCGACACAUGCAGGGAUCAUAGGUCAUUUUUUUGAUCUUCCUUGUAGAAGUUUAAAUUAGUUUUAAACUAGUUUAGGAGGAACAGCACAUGGGAAAAAUGAGAAUAUUCACACCUCAACCGUUUUUGUUAAUUUUGAUAUAGGUAUAUAUAUAUAAAAUAUUUUAAUCAGUUAUUCAUUCCUAGCUGUUAGAAAUCGAUUUUUUUAGAUUAAGAAAAACAAUACUACACUAUUAUUCUACUAAGCGUUUGAUUAUUAUGAAUUUAUACUUGAUUUAUAUUUAGAAUGAAUUGUUUGUGUAUGCGAACCAACGUCUUUUUAAACAAUUUAUUAUUAUUAUUGUUAUUCUUAUAAACCAAUAAAAUGCCGUAAAUUUUAUAUUAUGUGUAUAUUUUUGAAAUUACCACAACAGAAACGCAAUACUAUAAUAACGACGAUGAGGUAUAAAAAGAAAAUUAAAUUUCAUAUUUAGUGUAGGUGUUUACUGUAUAUACAUAUAUGUACUAUAUAUAUAUGUAAUAAUAUCGUGUUUGACACUCUUCAGUAAUCGCGUUUUCCGGACGAUUUUAUUACUCGAAUGAUACUGACGUUAAAAGUAGUAAGUUUAGAAAUUAUAGUUUUCCGUCGUCGUCGGGUUGUUUUUUUAAUAUUUUAUUUUUUAAUUACGUUCGUAAUGCUAAUUUUUGAUUUAUCUUUAAAAAAAAUCGCUCGUCCAAUUUUCUUGUACUUUUAUUAUUAUAUUAUGACUCUUGAAAUUAUUAUUAUUCAAUUUGAAAUUUGAAAUAAUUCGCUCAUCGGUGUAUUCUACUGGUCAUAAUGCGGUCAUUGUCCGCCGUUUAGCUGCAGCAGUUGACCUCAUAGAACAAUGACAAAAUGAGUCUUGCUGGAUUUUAUAGGAUAAUCAAUAUCGAAAAGAGUGGACAAACUAGACAGGUACCUACGACGUUUACUUCGGAUGACGAUUCGACGAUGAAUAAUAUUCGUGUCCUGACAAAAUGAUCACUAAAAUUAUAGGCCAUAAUGGCUGCUAAUGAAAAUAGAAACCACCACAAAACCUUUUAUUCUCUCUUUUUGUCUAUCUCUCUCUCUCUUUUUCUCUCUCUUUCUCUCGAGUAAAACACUCAUAAUUAUUAUUAUUAUUAUUAUUCGGUUUCGGUAUAUUGUUUGAGACAGCUGGGUUGGCUGCAAAAAUUAAAACUGUUCUCCUACAGUGAGGACGUUGUUGACUUUUACAAAUGUCUACUUCUAUAUCUAUUUCGGGUUAUUAUUAUAAUAUAAUAUUACAUGUAUCUUCGUUUUGCUCACAUAAACGUCAAUUAUUAAUCGACACGAACAGUUAACUUUUGUUCUGUUUUAACCACAAUAUUAGCCAAUAUGGUAUUAUUAUUAAUGAUUUUUUUUUUUAAUUACCUAUACAUUUAGAACGAUUUAUAGCAGGUGGCUACUCAAUCUUUAGAUAGGUUAUUUCCUCAAAAUUUGGUCUUGGAGAAUGUGAUAGAUAUAUUAGUUAAUUUUCAUAGUUUUCAAAUUUUCGAUUAGUUGACUGCAGCUUUCCACGUACCUCUGUAAUUACUCAAACCUCCUACUUUGUAAUGUUUUAUUCCUAUGUUUUGAAGAAUUUGUGAUAUAUAUUAUAUCCUUGAUAUCUUUCAAUUUUAUGUUAUGCGACUUAUAUUUUUUUUAAUAAUUGUAUUUUUUCUUUAAUUCUUCAUAAGUCUGAUUCAUUUGUUUCUUACUUGAUCGUGUCACAAAUUCUUGGAAUAUUUUACGGUAACACCACGACGAACGAAAAAUAUUUUCACAUCGUUUGGUCAUUUUAAAACUUGUUUGGUUGAAAUAAAUAUAUGAUAAGAAAAAUGCCACAGGUCAAUUAAUAAUUUAAUAAAAAUAUAAUAUUUUGUCAACGAUUGGUAACUAAUUCAAUAUAAAUAUUAUAUGACUCACAAAGAUUAUAUAUAUAAAUUUAUAAUCAAUGGUCUAUGUUUAACCAACGAUCAAUACAGCAGAACGGUCGGUUCGUAUUUCGGACUUCCUAUACCACUAAUAUUCAUAAAUCAUUGAUUAUACAAGCUGAACAAUGUCAAAAUAAAUAUUAAACGUUUCAAUGAAUAUUCUUUGAAUAUUUUUUCAAUCAGAUUUUAUUUACAAUUGAACAUAUUCUGAUUUUAAAAAUAUUUAAAAUAAAAAAUAAACCAUAAAAUCCGAGAAUUUAAAUUUAUAUAUAUAGAUUAUGUACACAAUAUACAUAUAAAUACAAUAUAUGUAUAAUACUAAAAAUAUCUAAAUAAAAAAUAUUAAUCGUUAUUUUGUAAUUUUAAUUUUUAAUAAAUGUAAGUAAGCAAUUCAUUUAUAUUUUAUUGUAGAAUAAUAAUAAUAAUAAUAAAGAGCUUGGACGGGUGUGGCCACUGUUGUGGAUGGAUGUUGGGAAAGUGGGAUACAUAAAGUUAUUUAAUUUUUACCUGUAAACAACGAUAAACUAUUGAUAACGAAAAAUGAUUCGGAGUGAAGUUCGUUUAUAUAUGUUUUAAAAAGCCGUAAUAUUUACAAUUGUUGUUAAAAUUUAAUUUUAAAACUUUUAUAGAAAAAAUUAUACUACAUUAAACUAAUUUUUUUUCCGAUCACUAAAUACGAAUUAUAUUGAACCUCCAAUCAAAUUUUCAAGAAUUUUUGUUAAGUUUUCAUUUUUUACAUAUUUUUUUUCAAUUUUUUUACAGAGUACCUACAAAAGAAAUAUUACGUAAAAACUGACAAAAUUAAAAUUUCUAUAAAUAGCUCAAAAAUAACUCAAAUGUUUUAAUAAUUUUACCGCGUUUAUAAAAAGUAAAAAUACAUUUUCCAUAUAAAUUUCAAGUUUAUACAUACAUUACAAACUGAAUUACAUUAAAAAAUUGUAAUUUAAAAUAAUAAAAGAAUUAUUUUCGUAAAUUUUCUCGUUCUUUCUACGUAUUUAUCGGUUUUGCUUAGAUUUUUAAAAUACUAUAAAGAAAUUCAAAAAAGGACUUUUUUGGUCACCAACUAGAUUAUUAAUUCAACAAAAAAAGAUCUCUUAGUGUAAAAUAUAAGUCGUCAAGAUUUAAAAUAAUAAAAUCGAAACGUAUAAUCAAUGGUAACACUAUAUUUCAAUAAUGCUUCUAUAAAUUUCGGUUUUUGAUUGUGCUUACUGCAGCUUGCAGGUGUCCUCCUAGAUUUCACUCCUUUAUAAAUAAACUGUAUAAGUCCAAUGUUGUUUUUUGUUAAUAAGUGUUUUUUCUUUUGAAAAAGAUAUUUUCCUUGUACAAUUCUAUUUAUUAUGUCCAAAACUUGAUUCUAUCAUUCUCCGUUAUACUACCUACUGACACGAUAGUAAUAGUUAGGAUCUUGUUCUAAGUUCUAGAUAGCGGAUAUUAUGUUGACAGAUUUUGACAAAUAUUCCAAUAUGCCAUACAAACUCAAUAUCAAAUUCAUUAUUAUACAGUAUAUAGUAUACACCUAUAUUCGGAAUAGGUGUACGCGGAAAAACGAUUUCUCCGUACGCUGCAUAAUUUUUUUUCUGUUCCCCAUUAGAAUCACUGACUGUAAUUUAAAAGUGAACAUUUUACAGAAAACAUUACAUUAUUUUUCUUUUAAAUUUUUAUAUUGACGAUAAUAGGUACGCAAAUACCUUCAUGUCGUAAUAUACGCGUAUCUAUUAUAGGAAAACACUUAAAAUAAUAUAUUCUGAACCUACUUGAAGAAUACUUUUAGUAUACUUACUUAAUUAUUUUUUAAAUUUAACUAGACUUUAAAAUCAUGUGUGUACAUGCAUUUAUUUAAAAUUGAUUAAAUUCAUUCUACUUUUUUCUGUAUGAUUCUAGCAUACAAAAGUUGAAAAUACCUUUAUUUCUUAACUAUCUCAUCAUUAUGUUAUUUACGGAACUACAACGCUCGAGUACUAAAAUAUAUUAUAUUAGAACGUAGGAAUUUUUUUUUAUUAUUAUUAUUUUCCCGUAUAUACGUGCGGACUACAAAUGUCACGUUAGAAUGAAAUAUUUCCUAAAAUACUACACCAGCGUGUCUGGGAAACAUACAGUAGAUAGGUACACUAUACAAUUUUUAUAAUAAAUUCAGUGGCAUUUCGUUCCCAAGCGGGUCGGUUUGCAUCUCGAAAUCUUAUACACACAUUUUAGAAAUUAAAUUACGAAUGCAUGAGAUUAUAUUGUACAGCCAAAAUUAGAUAAUGAUCUUUUAUAAUGUAUUCUAAAUAUACCUACGUGGCUUGCUUUAUAUAUUUUUUUGUAUACUAAUUCUAAAUUUUCUUUUAGAUUUAUACAUCGAAUAAUUAUUUUAUUUUAUCUAUUUAUUUUUUAUUUGUUUACAGGAAAUAGCUCUGUACGGAGAGUUUUCCAUCAAGGAGACAAUGAUGUAUUUCGGUUGGAUAUUCGGUAUGGAAACAACAGAAAUCAACGACCGACUGCAGUUCCUUUUGAAUUUCUUAGAUUUGCCCAGUCAGUCUAGGCUGGUCAAAAAUCUCAGGUAAUUAUAUUGUAACGAGAAAAAAAAAAACAAAUUAAAAUUGUGUCUUUUGACAGUGGUGGUCAACAGAGAAGAGUUUCUUUCGCGGUAGCUCUGAUGCACGAUCCGGAACUUUUAAUUUUAGACGAACCUACCGUCGGUGUAGAUCCGUUGCUCCGUCAAAGGUAAUUAUUAUUUUAAUUAGUUUUGGUGGAUGAUUAUUAAUUUAGUUCUUCGUAUUUUAUAUUUAAUACAUUUUAUUCUAUUGAAGUAUUUGGAAUCAUCUGGUCCAGAUCACGAAAGACGGACACAAGACGGUCAUUAUAACUACACAUUACAUCGAGGAGGCCCGACAAGCUCACACUGUAAUUAUAAUUGUUUAUUUAUUUAUUUGUCGUAACAAUAAUUGUAAAUCCGUUGGUUUUUUUUUUUUUUUGAUUAGAUCGGUUUGAUGAGGAGCGGACGGUUAUUGGCCGAAGAAUCGCCACGCGUAUUGUUGUCCAUGUAUCACUGUCAGUCGUUAGAAGAAGUAUUUUUAAAAUUGAGCAGAAAACAAGGGACGGACGGACAGCCGCAAGAGACAACCUCGCCGGUGAAUAUAUCGAAUAACAUUUCACUUGUAAGUACAUAGUAUUUUAGUAUUAGGCAAUAGUUUAGUAAAUAUCAAUAGGAAGUUUACUAUACGUUUAAACGAAAUCGAUGUCAUAAUAAUCAAACAAUCAUUAGAAAUAUAAACAAUAUUUUUGUUAAGCGUAAGAUGCAAGCAAAUUGUGUUAUACACAUUUUAUACUACAGUAUUAUAUUAUUCGCAGUCGUGUUUUACUUUUUAAGUGGUUUACCCGAUUAUGAAUUUUUAAUUCGAAACCGGUCGUAUAAUGCACAUAAUACUUUAGGUGACGCAUUUAUUUAUUUAUUUCUACAUAUAAAUUAUUUAUUAAUAUAUUUAUUUACGAGUAUUAACGGUAUGAUAAUUUUGUUUUUAUUUUAUUAUUUUGUUAUAAUAUAUUAUUAUUUGAAUUAUAAUAUUAAUAUUGUGUUAUUUUCGGCGUUUGCAUAGGCAAGUCAAUAGACAUUAGAUACGCAUUAUGUUUUAAAAUUUUAGGCGCUACAAUAUAAUAUUGAUUUUAAAUUUUUAGGCUACGUUGAAUUGGGGCAAAAAGGACGAACCGAUAUACGUGACCGAAGAGAGUGGCGUGGUGGGUUUGAAUUUCCACCAGAAUAAAGAGGUACUCGUACAAGAUCAGAUGAACGGUGUAAAUGGUAAAUUGUCUGAAAUGCAAAUGAUGGAACCACAAUACGACUCGAGUUGCUGCGAAAUCACCACUCGGGGCAAAACAAAGGCGCUGUUGCAAAAGAACUUUUUGAGAAUGUGGAGAAACGUGGGGUGAGUAAAGAUUGGCAAGAACAGUCUAGAAAUUGAUUGAAAACAGUUUUCCAUUUUUCAUGCUUCUCCGUUUUUUUUUUUUUUUUUUUUAAUUUGAAGUAUAUUUUUAUAUACUUAACUACUUGACUCGUGUAUUUGAGUUCUCUCUCUCUCUCUGUCUAUUAUUCAUUCUAUUAGACUAUUGCGUAAAAUUAGCUCUUCAAAUUUGUAGGGCUUUUAGGAAACUUAUUUCUUCUUUUACAUUAUUUCAUUUAUAAUAUGAUCUACUCAAUUAAAUUAAGAUGGUCCUGUAGCAACGCGCUUCGAAUACAAGUUAUAAUUUGUUUUUUAAUUUUUUAUAUUGCCCAUGAUUCACUCCCAUAAAGUGUCAUCCUUGAAACAUAGGUCUUUAGCUGAUUUUCCCUUAUAUUCUGAAAGUAAGUUAAUCUUUUUUGCCUAAUUUCUUGUCUAUAGUAAUCUGAAUUGUAUUUUGACAUUGAUAUUUUUUAUGUCUGGGGACCAAAAAAAAUUUGUGUAACGAAAAAAAAUAUGACGUUUUUUGGUUUAAACAAUCAAGAAGAAUAAUAUAACAAAUUCCUGUUGUGAAGGGAUGUGUGCAAGAAACUAAGCAACGAUAGUUACCCUUGCAACUUAUUACUUCGUAAGGUGAAAACUAUUGGAAUGACGUGUUCCCAAAUUUGAAUAUUUCGAUGUUGAACAUGUACAAACACAAAAUUAUGUUCCUUACUUUUUGUAUUAUAAAUCUUAUACAAUUACCUAUUGAUAUAAAUAAAUAAACCUCAAGAUCAAGGCAUAAUAUUAAUAUGUUUUAUAGCCUGCUAUAAGACAUUAUUAAUGAUCAAUGAUGAAUUAGGGAUUUUUGUUAUGCAACGUCGAUUAUUUAUUGCAAUAUUCCUCAAAUAUUUAUUAUAUUUAUAAUUUUUUUAUUUCGUGUCCCCAUCUAGUUUUAUACAACAUAUGAGAACUAAAAUGUUUGUUUUAUUAUUUUCAUAUUAUAUUCAUCCUUAAAUAUAAUAUUCAUUAUCAUUAAUUAUUUUAAUUAAUUAAUUAUUUUGUAAAACUUCUUCAUUCUCUGUUAAGACUGCAUCAGUGUCGUCCAGAUAGCCCUGUUAAUAAAUUAAAACCGAACCAUAGUUUUACUUAGUAUUUUGUACUAUUGUACCUUAGUAGUUUAACAAGAGCUAUUAAUUUUGUUUAGCGUAUUAUUAAAUUUUAAAUUUGUCAUAAGUACAGAUUUUUAUUGAAAAUCCUUCAAUAAUAAGUACUUAAUUUUUAUUUUAGCUUAUGUCCGCAUUCAAAGUAUAUUUACUAUGUAAAAUGACGUGCCAAUAAUUAAUUAUAUAUAUACAUAUAUAUAUAAAAACAACAUAAUGUUUGCAGAGUAAUGUUGUUCAUAUUUGCGCUGCCGGUGAUGCAAGUCAUACUUUUCUGUUUGGCCAUCGGUAGAGAUCCGACGGGCUUACAUUUGGCCGUGGUCAACCACGAAAUGGAUUGGGAAAACAAGAGCUGUCCGAUUUACGACAAUUGUACGCUAAGCUUGUUUUCGUGCAGGUACUUGGACGCAUUGCCGAAGGAUACCGUAAUACUAGUGAGUGUUAUUAUUACCUAUAAUAAUAUUGAACUAAUUCUAAUAUGGACAUAUUACUAGAGGUCGGAAUAAAUUAUUACAUUUUCUAAAAAUCAUAAUUAUAAAUAAUAAACUAUGAUGUUUUUAUGUCGUUAAAAUGAGCUAAAUAUUCUCCAAUACAAAAGUCUUAACAUGUUCUAAAUCAUUUGACAAUUACGGGUGAUAAAUUUGAUUUUGAUUAUUCUUAGCAGUCCUUAGAUUUAUGACGAAAUGAGAUACCUUUUAUGUAUUAUCUACCUACUGUAAAAACGUAUAAUAUUGUGUUUUGUGUUUGAAUAGAUAACUUAAUAAAUAAUAUUUUCUAAAAACAUAAUAUAGAUUAUAGAUAUUUUUGAGGUUUAACCAUGUUGAAAAUUUUAAAAUAUUAUAUAAUUUUAUCUAUUAUAUGCUAUAUAUAUAAAAAAUUUCUAAUCGCACGUACUUACCUAUUUUUUUGUUUUUGUAGACAUUAUAAUGAGACAAUAGUCAUUGUAUACAAUAUAUAUUCAUAAAUAUACCAAAAAGGUGUACUAAAUAUAUUCUUAAAUAUAUUCUCAAAAUAUGUAUUUGUAAACAAAAUAAUUCACGCUAAAUUCUAUAUUAUGUUUCGUGGAUCUUUCAGAAUGAAUUCAUACAAAUCUGACCUUUGUCCAUUAAUAAUAACCAGAUUAAGAAUUUGUCAAAUAACGUGUUUUUUUUCCCCACAGGAUUAUUAUGAGACCCCCGAUGAAGCUAUAGACGCCGUGAAAUUGGGCGACGCUUGGGGAGCGCUUUACUUUACGGAAAACUUUACCGACGCACUAGUUGCACGAAUGGCGUUGGGCAGAGAAUCCGAUGAUGAAACUUUGGACCAGAGUGAAGUGCGGGUUUGGUUGGAUAUGUCGAGUAAGUAUAACUACUUAUAAGUUAAUCUCACAAUAAUUUUUUAGAAUUCGAUUGUUUAUUUUUAUAUUUUUUGCUUUUAGAUCAACAAAUCGGUUUGAUGUUGAACAGAGACCUACAGUUGUCGUACAGAGACUUCGGGCAAGAUUUGUUGAAGAGUUGUGAUCAGAAUCCAAAACUCGCUGAUAUUCCAAUUCAAGUAAAUUUCGAGUUUUCUCUCGAAUCCUAAAUAUUAUUAUAUCAGAAUGAAAAGUAAUUACAAUUUAUUGUUUUUAUGUUACAUAUAGUUUAAAGAACCGAUAUACGGUAGCAGUGACCCUAGUUUUACAGAUUUCGUAGCUCCAGGAGUCAUUUUAACGUGAGCGUCAUCUCUAUUUUUGUGUAUUUAUUUUAUAAUUUUACGAAAUGAUACUUAAAUGUUGUGUAAUAUUAUUUUGUAUAGAAUCGUUUUCUUCUUGGCUGUCGCGCUCACUUCGUCAGCGCUGAUUAUUGAACGGACCGAGGGUCUUUUGGACAGGAGUUGGGUCGCCGGUAAAUAUUUUGAUGAUGAUAAUUUAACUAAAAUAAGAAAGUUAUUGUAGUUUGCGGAGUUUCUACUAUGCAAAAUAAACAAUAUUAGGUCGUAUACAUAAUUUUCAGUGUUUUACCUUAAUGGUCUAUGCGUGUAUACGAAUAUUUAGGUAUUAAGCCGUUACACACACACACCAGAUAUAAAAAGACCGGAUAAUAUUUUACGGCUUUUAAUCUUAGCGCGAGUUGUUGUGGCAAUGGCGCAAUAAAGUUGUUGCGAUAUUUACAUAAUAUAGAAUAUAUUUGAACGCGAGCCCCGUUUUUUCCAUUUUACACAACUUCAGCUUCUCUCUCACCUCUGGAUAUUUCUUACAAUUUCGUACCCUUUGCCUCUUCCUCUAAAAAAGUUUAAAUGAAAACAAAAAUAUAUUUCCAAGUUUUAUAUAAGUACAUACGGUAUUGACUCAGUAUAAGCACCUACUUCGAAACCGGAAACACCUUCACAUCGAAUUUGCAUCGUCCGCGAGUAACGAUCACGAUGAUUGGACAAAAUUAUUAUUAUUUGUUUAUCGAAAAUAAAUAAUUGUAAUAUUCUAAUAAAUAUAUGUAUUAAAUAACUUAAUUGUUUUUUUUCUGUGCAGGCGUCACUCCGUUGGAAAUAUUGUUUUCGCACGUCAUUACACAGUUCGUGGUUAUGUGCGGACAAACAGCACUCGUACUCAUAUUCAUGAUUAUCGUAUUCGGCGUGGAAUGCAAAGGAGACAUUAGUUUAGUGAUUACUCUUACCAUAUUGCAGGGUUUGUGCGGCAUGUGUUUCGGUAAGCCAAUAAUAAUAGAUUAUCAAUACAGUCAACCUUUGCCGGAAAAAUUGCAAUCAUAAUUGUGUUGACGGUCAUACCUAUCUAUUACAGGUUUCGUUAUAUCGGCCAUAUGUGAAUUGGAAAGAAACGCUAUCCAGUUGGCCCUGGGAAGCUUUUAUCCGACUCUCCUACUCAGCGGUACGUGAUAUGAUUAUUUUGUAAUUUUAAUUACUACAGAAUAAUUAUAAGUUUUUAUAAAUGGUAUUGCGUCCGAAAAACUGUCCUGAGUGAAAUUCGAAACGUUCUGUAUUCUAUAAUAUGUAAUUUUAACUUCAAAAACUCGUAGAAAAACAAUUUUAAUAGAGUUUUUGUGUAAGGCAUAUUCGAGUUACGACGAAAUAAUAGUAGAAUAUUGAUUGGGACGAAAACAGAUAAAUUUUCCGUUUUUCGUAGGUUUAUUUGAAAAAAUAUUGGGAAAAUUAGCUGAUACCUCAAAAUAGGUACAAUUACCGAUAAAUUAUCAUUAUCACCGCAUUAUAUCUGUCGAGCAUUCUUUAACACAACAUAAGUUAUACGUUGUUAAACUAUUUCCUUUUUGUUUUUGAUCAUCGGAAUGUAAAAGUUUAGUACGUAUUCAUUAAUGGAAAAUACGAGAAGGAAAAAAAAAAUCAUUAUUUUUUUAUUGUGCCUAUAUUAAUGAUUUACGAUCUCGAUUCACCACUUGGUGCACCUUCAAGGUACACAAACCAAUCAAAUCACGAAUACCUAUGUCACCAUAACCUUCGAAUUAUAUAUACCUACUCGAGUUAUUGUGUACCUAAUUAUGAUAACUAAUAAAAUUUUAAUUAUUGGUAUUAUAACACUAUAAACUGUAUAAUAAAACGAUACCUAGGUAUUGAAUAAUAAAAUAAAAAUAUUUGUGAUUCGUUCAGGUACCUGAUAAAUUUUAACCCUCAAACUAAAAACUUAAGAUUAGCAUUAAUUAAAUAUUUAAAUAUAGAUCAAUUAAUAAUAUAAUCUAAAUAUUUCAAAUUCGGAUGAAAAAUAUGAAAUGAUAAACUAACUUGAGAGUUUAAUAAUAUAUAAUUUUUUUUUUGGUUGUUUAAUUUUAAAUAAUUUAAUUUUGCUUUAUUUUUAUCGAUUUCUAUUGUACGUGUUUUUAUAACUUGGGUUAAAUCGUUUUUUUUUUUCAUUAUCAUCACUGACAUCUAUAACUCUUAGAGUUUUCACCGUCAUCACUGACAUCUAUAACUCUUAGAGUUUUCACCGUCAUCACUACAUCACUCUGUAACUCUCGGUCUUGAACUAUUGCCUUCCAAUUUUGUAUUCUUGUAGCAUUUUAAGAUCUACUACAUUCAACCACUUCCUCCGUUGUCUUCUCUUCCGGCUUCUACUCUAGAUUUACCAUUACGGUAUUAUCUCCGCUCCUUUGUAUAUUAUAAUAUACCCCAAUUACUGCACACAUUGAGCUUCGUUAACUAUAAAUUAUUUAUUUUUAUUAUAUGAAAUAUUUACAGGCUAUUACAAUAAUUAUUAUAAAUAAGUAGGUAUCCAAUUAUUUAUUUCACAUGGUCAAUGUUUAAAUUUUAGAUUUCGAAUAAAACGUGGUAAUUAAUGAUUUAACUUUGAUUGAAAAGGUACUUUUUACGGGAAUAAAUAAUGUAACCUCGGUGGCUAUUAGGUAUCUAUCGGUUACAUUUUUAUAUAGUUAUCAGAAUAGUAUACAUUUUUAUUUAAUGCUUGUUCCAACUCCAUAAAACCCGUGCAAUUAAUUAGAAAUUCAAGCUUGCAUUUCUAAUCUGAUAUAGAGAAUAACAGUUCGAAAUUAUAUUAUUCAAUUAACAUAAUAAAUACCACAGCUAAUUUACGUCAACGGUAUGCCAAUACAGUCGUCGUCCCUUUGACCGCUACUUUUAUUCGAAAUGUUUGUAUAUAUUAUAUUAUUAAUACUAAUUUGGCGAAAGUUCUUCAAUAAUUACCGUCUGAUUAUUUAUUCAUUUAUGUUAAAUUUAAACUGCUAGAAAGAAUGCCAACUUAAAAAAAAAAAAAACAUUUACUUAAACUUUAAAUACACUAUUACGGUUCAAUAGAUAUUUUAAUAUAGGGGAAAUUGUUUUACAAAUUAAUCGAGCUAGAAUAUAUUUUAAGCAUAACUUUGAAAGUUAAAUCUUAAGAAAUUUGAUAAAGAGGCGGACGCAGGAAAUUAAUUUGGAGGAGAGGACGAAGAUAAUUAAUUCCCCAUUAAGACUCCAAUUAAUUAAACUUCGUUAGUUUUUAAUAAUUAAUUAUUAUAUUUUUAUUAACUCUAUGUUUUAAAUAAUUUAUUCCAUAAUUUUUUAGAUUGGGGUACGUUAAACCCCGAACCCCCUCUCUGUCAACCACUGAUUUGAAAUGUGGUUUUAUCUAAGAUUCUCAAGAUUUUGCCGUAUGACAGAGUAAUAAAUGUAGAAAUGUUAAGAAAAACAUCAAAGAAAAAAGAUGGCUUUGACAAAUUAUGAAAAAAAUGUUAUUAAUUUUAUUAAUACUUUAUAAUUGCAAACGAUUUUACACUACAAUAAAAAUAUUUUUUCUUGGGAGAUGGGGAAAAAUUGAGAGCUCAAAAUAAAAAAAAAAAAAUAGUGUUUGGCAACUUAUAUUAUAAUUGAUUUUUAAACAAAUGUCGGUGUGUUAAACCUUUAUGUAAAUAUUCGUUUACUUUCUACAGUGUUUUCUCGAUUUUGAAUCGCUUUACUUGGAUUUGUGUUGAAAAUAAUUAUUAAUUGGUUUCAAAUAAACUUCCUCAUAGAUAACCCUAAAUAAAAUUCUCAAUAGACAUGAGAUGUUAGAAUCGAUAAUCGAAUUUUGUUUAAGGUUAGGUAGGUAUUUUCCGCCAGAUACUGCACUUAAACGGAUUUUUCCAUAAUAUUAUUAUAUCUACUUCACUCGUUCGAACAAAAAAAAUGACCGACAUCCGGGUCAAGAAGUCUUAUAUAGUUUCUGUAUGUAUGUACUAUUAUUUCGUAUAUAUAUAUAUAUAUAUAGAGAGAGAGAGAGAAGUGUAUACUAUAAAUAUUGUAAGUUAAAGUGGGUUCGCACUAGAGAAAAAAAAAUGUAUAGGUAUAGUAAUAUAUGUAUGGGUUAUUUGUAUUUGUUUUUUUUUAAAGCGUAUAAGUUAAAACUUUUUAUUCUUGUACUAUAUAUUAUAAGAUAAAAUAGCCCCGUAAUAAUAUUAUGUUUAAGGCUGUCAAAGUCGGAUUUCCAAAUUUUGUGAAUUGUGAAAACAUUUAUUUAGAACUUUUUUGAUCACCUUAAAGAUAAGAAUUUCCCAUUAACUUAUUGCCCAACACCCAUUUAGGGGGAAUAGAUAAAACCAUUUUUACGGACAGAAAUGACUUCACCGGAAAAAAUCUCACGCGUCGUAAAACGUUCCAGUUUGAAUAGAGUUUUAUUUUUAAUUUAAAAGAGAAAUAUUUUUUACAAGUAGGAUUAAUCUCUAUGUUUUAUAAUUACGGCUCUCUUGUUAAGUUAGGGCACAUAAACUAUGGCUUGUGUGGAUGUGAAAGUGCGAAACGCCUUUGUCGCUAUAUUACGAGACAGGCCGAGAAAACAAAUUUUGUGACUGAAAAACGGUCUUUUACGAUAUUAUUUUACUUUUUCCGUGUAUACCUAAUAGGUACUAUUGUUAUACCGAUUACGGACCAACCGUCAUCAGUCGACAUAUCAACGCGUUUUCAUACACAUAUAAUCUAUAUAUUAUACUAUACUCAAACCUCAUAACAAUAAUACAUUAGACCCGAUACAAUUCCACAAUGUCAAUUACUUGUUCGACAUAGGUGCUUACCACAUGUAUAUUUUAUUAAACAUUCCCCCGACCACCUCGAACAGAAACUAAUAUUAAUAUAUUAUUCGUGUUUCAGUUGCGACCGUCAAGUAUAUUAUAUUUGAAUAAACUUCCAUAGCAGUGGUAGUAAUACGUGGUACGAUUAUUGUAACACCUACGCAAUGAUAAUAAUAUGAACGACACGCAAAUUUUAUUUCGACAGAUUAAUAUGCCUACGUGAAUAUAUUAUAACUAUCAGAUAAUUCGGAUUUUAAGAAAAAAAAACAGAAACCGAAAUAGGAUUACGAAUUAAUAUUUUAAUAUUAUUGCGUACUGCUGCGAAUAGUAUAUUAUACAGCAGAACAAUCGUGAACGUUUAUCUACGGUAUAUACUUUCUGAGAGUUUUACCCGUUGUAACUACGUUUCACAAUCUCCAGAAAGACAAAAGCGUAACAGUAAAAUACAAUAGUAUUUAUUAACGCUAUUAAAAUUUUUAAGACCAACUGUAACUUAUGGUUGCGACGGUUCGGAGACUAGGAUAACAGCAAAACAGACAUGGUUAAGAUUGAGAUCUUUCGAGAAUAAAAUGGGAUGAGUAAUGUGUAGAUUGUAGCCCUACCAUCGAUGAAACAACGGUGAAUUGUACGACACGGUGAAAUCAGUAUCAGUGACAAGCAACUGACUUCGACAAAAGUCGGAGAACAUAAGGAUUCAGUUACAUAAUAAGUUAUCUAGAUAGAUUUGUGAAAAAAAAAAAAAUCAAUUCUAAAUUAGUAAUAACCCAUUGUGUGUCUUUUUACUGGGGGAAAGGGGAGGUUGCAGAACACCUGGAUUUGAAGUAUCCGCGAAUACACUAUGUUGAUACUCGAAACCUUUUUAAACGGAAUUAUUAAUGAAUCAAUAGAACUAUCAGAUCGAAAUUCACCGUAUUAAUUAGCAAUAAUAACACCGAACGACCACCGAACACGAUAUUAUAAUAAUAUUAUCUUGGCGCGAAAACAAUAUCCGUUUCGGUACCUUUACCAAGGUAGAUAUAUUCAAAUUAACGGUGUGUCUGAAUUCAAUAGAUAAUAUUGCACAAUCGUAACACAAUAAUAAUAAUAAUAAUAUUCAAUGUACCUACCUAAACGUUUCCGUACCGCUUUCAUUGUUUUAAUAUUAUAAGCGCAUAAUCCGACGAAUUGUACAUUUAAUAUACAAUAACAUAAUAUACAGAGUGAUUGUUUUAUCAGCCACAAACAUUUGGGGUCAAUUCGGUUUUUGUUUUUUGUUUUUUUUUUUCAAAUUGCCGCAGUAUCAGCGUUUAUUAAUGUGUACAAUUUCGUAACUGGUGUUUCCUAUAUAGUAUAAUAUAGUAUAAUAUCAAAUUGUUUUUGAGUUACGUGUUCCGUCCCUCUUAAUAUUACACCCGGCGUGAACCAUUAAAAUACGUCCUUAUGAAAACUUUUAAUUUAUAAUGAAAACUCAAAGCUGAAAGAUUUUUACAAACCAUACAAUUAAAUGAGUGUUUUAAUUAUUUCACAUCUCACUAUUAGUGGGUUCCCUAAAUUUAAAAUGCAUUGUUUAUUACUUUAAUUUUAACCUGAUAACUAUAGGCUUUUUGAGGGGUGUUUUUGAACCCUCCUAGGUAUUGUACCUGGGGCGUAGACACCGCUCACCCUUUCUCCCCUUUCUACGGCCUUGAGUAUAAGUAAUGCUGAAUAAAUCACUGUACUAAGCGAGUUGUCCGCGCGCACGACACACAAUUUAACCUUCUGUAUUUACCGACCGGGGAAAUCCGUCGUUUCGGGCGAGGACCUCGUUUUCGGGUAUAAUUUAUGAAAACAUCCUCACGUAUUUGCUCAUGCGGAACACACGCGAUCCAAAUCGCGUCAAAUCAUAGUUACGCAAAUGCAUUGGACCACCGCCGUAUUACGAGUACAAUAUUUAAUAAAAAUGAUAAUACUUUUGUUAUCGAAUCGACACGGGGCACCGGAUGCCAAACAACUAGUCAACGGAACAAAAAUUACGCGAGCGAAGUCUUAUAGUGGGAGAACUAUCGUCUAGUUUCAUAGUAAUAUAUUGUUACGAAAAAACCAUUCAGUAAGCGCUUUUCGGUCGGGGUUUCAGCAUAAUAAACCUAUAUAUAUAUAUAUAUAGCUAUUAACGGCGAGCGUAUUCUCGUCAGAUAUGUUUUUAAAGUAAAUAAAAGCGAUUGAAUUAUUUUGAAAAAUCAAGUCAAAUAACUUAUACAAAUUCCAACUGUAUAUUUGAGUCGAUUUUAAAUUCACCUUAAACUUUAUGACAGCGCGCAAUAUUUAAAAAAAAAUGUUUCUUUUCGUGCAAAUUUUUGAAAUACCAUAAAUAAGAUUAUUUAUGCGAGUAAGUGUUGAUAACAAUCACACCUUUCACUACGCCUUUAUGCUAAUUAUCUUUUCGUAUUCGGUACUUAUUAUAGUUUACAUCUAAGAGGUCACUAUCAAUAUUUAAAAGGUUGCGUAUAGGCAAUUUCAACGAAAUAUUUGAAAGAAUUUUAACGUUGAAAUUUAAAACGUAUCGACCCAAAAAUAUCCUAUUUUAAUUACAUAAAUAUAUUUACUAUGUAUACUUAAAAACGAUCCUGGUUAUUCAUCAUACGUUUUUACCGUGUAAAUAUGAAAUUUGUUCAAAAAUAUGUUCAAGUAAAAUAAAAAAUAAUUACCUUUCAAAUUGAUCUUGCAAUUUUUAGUCGUAAUGAAAUUUGAAGACAUCAACAUAAUAUUAUCUAGAAUAUAACAUAUUGAAAUGUUCAAUUUACUCGUAUUUUAUUUUUCGCUUUCGUUCCGACUAUUCGAGGUUGACUACCCUCGUUAUAAACUUUUACUUGACGCAAGUCCCAAUUUCGCAUCCCACAUCAUACACCGGGUAUGUAUAUUUACUUAUAUGGGACGAUAAAUUACAAGGUUAAAUAAAAAGUGACAAUUUUGUUCAGAACAAUUAAAAAUAGUCGUUAAUUUUUUUUUAUACAUUUUAUUUAAAUAAAUCGAUAGGCACAACGUCUUUCCCGGUUGAUAAAGUAGUGUUAUUUAAUUUAUAUUACGCUAUGAAUAAUAUCAUGAACUCGUUUCGAGAUAAGUAUAUCGAUUUUUCGACAUAAAGUAUUCACGUGAAAAAAAAUCUCACGCUGACAUUCCUUUAAAACGGCGAACCCGAAUACCCAAUCCGGUGUGUCAUAGUUUAUUAUGUAAUUAUAUAUAUCAGUCUAUAACUGAAAUCCUUUCUAAUCAAACUGAUUUCUCUCCCUUAUUUCUCGGAGUAAAUUUCAGAGUUUUUCCAUGUCACUCGUAUCCACUGUUAUUUUUCACAUCCCGCACCUUUCUAACUAACGCCUCCCAUAUUCCGCCUGCCUCGUUUCGUUUCUGUUAAACCAAACUGUUGCAGAAUAUAAUAAUGUUAUGUUGUAUUUAACCCGUAUAUUAAUCGGGCAUCAUUCGUCAAUGUAAAUAAAAUCCAAAAAAACAAAAUAAUCUAUGAUGUACGUUUUAUUAUCCGCAGGUGUUAUCUGGCCGGUGGAGGGCAUGCCCAUACUGUUGCGGUACGUGAGCUACUGCCUGCCGCUGACCAUGGCCACCACCUCGCUGCGGAGCAUACUGACUCGGGGCUGGAACCUCCUGGAACCCGACGUGUACCUGGGCUUCGUGUCCACCAUAUCGUGGAUAGUGUUAUUCUUGUCCAUCAGUAUGGCCGUGCUCAAGUUCAAGCGCGGAUAAGGCCCCGCAACGGUCGUCGACAACAGUCUUAGAAAAGCCCCUGCCCUCCCCUACCCCUGUCCCACACGCAGCCCUCGUCCCAGGCGAAUAAGAGGUCAUCAGCAGAUCGAGACCGAAAACCGGGCGAGCCCGAACGAACGCGACGACGCCCGAAGUGCGUGCCCUACCCCCCCCCCCCCCCCCCCCCCCNCCCCCUCCCUCCCCUCCCCCCGUCCAAUAAAAAUAUAAAUAAUAUUUGCUCAGCAUAUUCUUUUGUGACAUAAGCAUUACGUUAUAAUGAUAUAUUACAAUAUUUGUAUAAUAUUUGACCGUCCAAAAAUAUUAUCGCACUUAUCCCCCCCCACACACACACACACACGCGCGCACACACGCACGCGCGCAUGUGCGUAUCGUGCGUUGUAUAAUACAAAUACAUUAUGUUAGUCUGUGUCGAUAUGUAAUAAUAUGUAAUAUUAAUAAUAUAACAUAUUAUUACAUAUACAUAAUAAAACGAAUAUAUUAUUAUAAUAUAGAUAUAAUAUAUAUAUAUAUCGCGUAUAUAAUGUAAUUGAUAUUAUACUGUACACUGUAUACAUACAUAUAAUACAUAGGUAUGUAUAUAAAUAUAAAUAUCUUUUUUUUUUUCUUUUUUUUACCCAGUGACUUUAUUAUAUACUUAAUUAGGAUAAUACAGUCUAAUAUUUAUAAAUAAAUAAAUAAUUUUUUAUUAUUUUUAUUAUUAUUAUUAUUAUUAUUUGUAUUAUUAUUAUUUUAUUAAACUGCAUAAUAUUUAUAAUAUUACAUUGAGUUUGUGUAGGCAUAUCAUUUUUUUUUUUUUUUUUUUGUUUAAAUGUAUUUUCUUCUGUACUCACAUCACCUUAUAUACACGCGUAACGGUAAUAAUUAUUUGUCGCUAAAUUUAAUUAACACGAUGGUUUUUUGUACUGCGACCGGAGGGCGGCGCGGACCGUCCACACUCUCGACCCGAUCGAUUUUUCGCGUAUUGUUUCGCGAGGAGACCGCGGCGCACAAAUAUAACAGUACGCGGUACCGUACCGCACGAUCGAUGUCAGCCUUUCGGUUUAUUAUUAUUAUUAUUUUUUUUUUUAAAAUACGUUUUGUGAUUGGUGAAUAAUAUAAUAUAAUAAUUAUUGCUGUAACAUUGUUAUUAUGCUCAUACACGAUCGGCGUAGUGCGCGACGACGGCGAAAACCGAGCGAUACGUCGCAGUCGUCGCCGCCGCCGUCUCUCCCCGUACUUCUUUAUCGAAUCUUAUACUGUCGUAAUAUUGUAUAUAAUAUUAUUAUUAAUUAUUAUUUUUAUUAUUAUUAAUUAUUAAUUAUUAUUAAUUAUUAUUAUUAUUAUUAGUAGUAGUAGUAGUAGUAGUAAUAGCAAUAGUAAUAUUAUUAAGGUCGUGGAGUAUUAACGUUAUUUUAGGGCCGAUUUACAUUAGGCGCCUGUAAAAAAUUGAAAAAAAAAAAAUUUAUUAAACAUAAAAAUGCGAAUAAAAAUAGCAAACGAGAA